GAGGAGUACAGCAGGAACCCCACAGAGAAACUACUGAAGGACAUCCAGGAGGCCAAGAAACACAUUCCUCUGCUGCAUGGCCAGCUCAGCAAGGCCACAGGCACACCUCAGGUAUACACACCUACGUAUGCACAUACACACAUACAUAUGUUCACACACACACGUUUACGUGCAUACGUAUACAAGCACACACAAAAACACUUACACAAUGACACUCUCUCUCCCAUAGACACACACACACACACAUACACACACAAACACUCUCUUGCUGUCUCUAUCUCACAGGGACAGACACACUCUCAAAGGGACAGCCCAGUUACUGCCUGGCCUGCCACACAUUUAUGGUAGGCGUGUGUGACACACAACUCUAACGAUUGUGUGUGUGUGUGAUUGUGUUUUCAGGAUGGCUCCCUCUCCCCCUGGGACAGUGAGGUGGAGGAGGGGGGCGUUGGGGCGGCCGAUGGAGAGCAGACCCCCUCCUCGCUGGUAGAGAGCGGCAGCGAUGGAACCUGGACCAAUAACACUGUGAGUCAACCUGGCCAAUUAGCCUGUCUGUUAUUAUCACCAACAGAUGCUCCAUGACAACUACAUGUGAAUUGUCAUUCUGAAUACAAUACCAUUGUACUGAAAUAAAAAAUAAAAAUAAUAAUCCUAUGUUUUAUUGUCGCAUACACCCGAUAGGUGCUGUGAAAUGUGCCUUUACAGGGUCAGCCAGGCGCCCGUGGAGCAAAUUAAGGAGAAGUGCCUUGCUCAAGGGCACAUCAACAGAUUUUUCACCUUGUCGGCUUGGGUAUUCAAACCAGUGACCUUUCGGUUACUGGGCCAAUGCUCUAACCGCUAAGCUACCUGCCAACCAGGGUUAGGGUCCAUUCCAUUUCAAUUUGGUCAAAUCAGGAAGUAAACUGAAAUGCCAAUUACUAUUUUCCUCAAUGCUUUUCUAUCAGAAAGUUUUACUGGAACAUGUGGUAUCGCUACCACAAUGCCCAUUCAAAAUUGGAGACUGGCAAAUGUUAUACAGUAUAUGAAUGGUGUGUGUGUCUCUCUAUUUCAGGUGUCUCCCAGUCCCCUCCCUGAGAGUCCGUGCCAAAGAGAGACCCCCUGCCACAGCCCAAAGACCACCCCCCGAGACAGCCUCAACUCCUGCCCCUCGCAUGACGCCGAGGACACGCCGGACUUGGUGAGACACACACACAGACGCCCACACAGACACUGUAUAUUUGUUGUUUACUCCAAACACUAGAUUUAGAAGGAAGUAAUGCUCAUGUCUGUGUGUGUGUAUGUGCGAAUUAGAACUGUAACUUCCAGUGUAGUGUGGGCAGCCCCUCGUCUCGUCUCAACCCCCAGAUCAUCGGAGCAGAGGACGACUACUUUGAUACAGAGCAUAAAGAGGUACUGGUGGACUACUGCUAGACAGCUGGCUAACUGUCGGGUCUGUCUGGCUUUGUCUGGCUCUGUCUUUCUGGCUCUUUCUGUCUGUCUUUGUCUGUCUGGCUCUGUCUGACUGUCUGGCUGGCUGACUGUCUCUGGCUGUCUAUCUCUCUCUCUCUCUCUCUCUCUCUCUCUCUCUCUCCUCUCUCUCUCUCUCUCUCCUCUCUCUCUCUCUCCUCUCUCUCUCUCUCUCUCUCUCUCUCUCUCUCUCUCUCUCCUCUCUCUCUCUCUCUCUCUCUCUCUCUCUCUCUCUCUCUCAUUUUGUGCCUGUCUGUCUCAUUCUCUCAAUGACUCUCUCUCUUAGCAAGCCUGGGAAAAUAAAGCCAGAACGGCCCAUAGGGGCAGGAGCUCUCCUAAUUCUGUAGCGUGAGGCAGCUUGAUGUAAAAGUACACCCCCUGGACAGGUCGCUAGUCUGUCGCAGCGCCUUACCGCAAUCCAUCUCCUUAAUGCUGAAUGCCAAGCAGAGAGGCAUCAGGUCCCAUUUUUAGAGUCUGGUAUGAUUCAACCGGGGAUCGAACCCCCAACCUCUCAAUCUCAGGAUGAAAACACUUUAACCACAAGACAACUGAGUUGGUAUCUCUUUCUCUCUUACUCAACUAUACAUUUCUGUUGAUCUCUACCCUCUCUCUCUCUUUCUCUCUAUCUAUCUCCCUGUCUCUCAGAUCAACGGUCAGUGUAGUUGUUUCCAGAGUAUAGAGCUGCUCAAGUCUCGGCCCGCUCACCUGGCCGCCUUCCUCCAUCACGUGGUCUCUCAGUUUGACCCUGCGCCUCUGGUAAGACCACCACAUACAGUGGGGAGAACAAGUAUUUGAUACACUGCUGAUUUUGCAGGUUUUCCUACUUACAAAGCAUGUAGAGGUCUGUAAUAUUUAUCAUAGGUACACUUCAACUGUGAGAGACGGAAUCUAAAACAAAAAUCCAGAAAAUCACAUUGUAUGAUUUUUAAGUAAUUAAUUAGCAUUUUAUUGCAUGACAUAAGUAUUUGAUCACCUACCAACCAGUAAGAAUUCCGGCUCUCACAGACUUGUUAGUUUUUCUUUAAGAAGCCCUCCUGUUCUCCACUCAUUACCUGUAUUAACUGCACCUGUUUGAACUCGUUACCUGUAUAAAAGACACCUGUCCACACACUCAAUCAAACAGACUCCAACCUCUCCACAAUGGCCAAGACCAGAGAGCUGUGUAAGGACAUCAGGGAUAAAAUUGUAGACCUGCACAAGGCUGGGAUGGGCUACAGGACAAUAGGCAAGCAGCUUGGUGAGAAGGCAACAACUGUUGGCGCAAUUAUUAGAAAAUAGAAGAAGUUCAAGAUGACGGUAAUCACCCUCGGUCUGGGGCUCCAUGCAAUAUCUCACCUCGUGGGGCAUCAAUGAUCAUGAGGAAGGUGAGGGAUCAGCCCAGAACUACACGGCAGGACCUGGUCAAUGACCUGAAGAGAGCUGGGACCACAGUCUCAAAGAAAACCAUUAGUAACACACUACGCCGUCAUGGAUUAAAAUCCUGCAGCGCAUGCAAGGUCCCCCUGCUCAAGCCAGCGCAUGUCCAGGCCCGUCUGAAGUUUGCCAAUGACCAUCUGGAUGAUCCAGAGGAGGAAUGGGAGAAGGUCAUGUGGUCUGAUGAGACAAAAAUAGAGCUUUUUGGUCUAAACUCCACUUGCCAUGUUUGGAGGAAGAAGAAGGAUGAGUACAACCCCAAGAAUACCAUCCCAACCAUGAAGCAUGGAGGUGGAAACAUCAUUUUUGGGGGAUGCUUUUCUGCAAAGGGGACAGGACGACUGCACCGUAUUGAGGGGAGGAUGGAUGGGGCCAUGUAUCGCGAGAUCUUGGCCAACAACCUCCCUCAGUAAGAGCAUUGAAGAUGGGUUGUGGCUGGGUCUUCCAGCAUGACAACGACCUGAAACACACAGCCAGGGCAACUAAGGAGUGGCUCCGUAAGAAGCAUCUGAAGGUCCUGGAGUGGCCUAGCCAGUCUCCAGACCUGAACCCAAUAGAAAAUCUUUGGAGGGAGCUGAAAGUCCGUAUUGCCCAGCGACAGCCCCGAAACCUGAAGGAUCUGGAGAAGGUCUGUAUGGAGGAGUGGGCCAAAAUCCCUGCUGCAGUGUGUGCAAACCUGGUCAAGACCUACAGGAAACGUAUGAUCUCUGUAAUUACAAACAAAGGUUUCUGUACCAAAUAUUAAGUUUUACUUUUCUGAUGUAUCAAAUACGUAUGUCAUGCAAUAAAAUGCAACUUAAUUACUUAAAAAUCAUACAAUGUGAUUUUCUGGAUUUUUGUUUUAGAUUCCGUCUCUCACAGUUGAAGUGUACCUAUGAUAAAAAUUACAGACCUCUACAUGCUUUGUAAGUAGGAAAACCUGCAAAAUCGGCAGUGUAUCAAAUACUUGUUCUCCCCACUGUAUAUACACACACACACUGUACAUAUACACACGCGCACACACCAAGGUUAUUACAAUUUGUGUUUUUCUAUUCAUUUUUCCAUUAGAUUCUCUAGUUUUUAUUUAGUUGAAGUUGUAUAAAUAAAUAAAAAUAUUCCGUUUUUAUAUUAUUUACUUUCAGUUUUAGUUUUAGUGUUAGGGACAGAAGGCAUGGGUGGGAGGCUAAGAACCAUUUGGGUUGUAUAGUUUUUUUGUGUUUUUUGAGAUGUCACUUCUUGCAACAGGGUGACAGUAAUACAUAAGGUGAUGGGUCAGGUCAUAGGUUAGGUUAGCCCAUCUUAUGACUCCAAUACUAUAUUGGACUCAUUCUACGUGCCUUUUGAUUAGCUGAGGUGAUCUGGUCGAGUGUGAAGUGCUCUAUCUAGAAACAAAUUAUCUUUGGUUGCGAAAUGGUUUUGGAAACCUUGAAUACUCAACUUAAUUAUAAUCCAAAAAUAACUUUACGAAUACAAAAGAUAUUGCAUCUUUUGUAUUUGUAAAAUAAUUCCAAAACCGUAUUGUACGCUGUGAUUAUUAACAGUUAGACAGAUCGUUGAGACAGUUGUACACAUUGGCCCCGCUGUGGUCAAUUGUUCAAAUGAGAACCUUAUGGCUGUAUGGCCUUGGAUUCUCAAGCGCUAAGGUUAUAAAGUCAAUCUCAAUGUGACUUGGAUUUAAAAGGAAUAGCAUCGACACUGGUGCAAAAAAUAUGGUGAAAGGAAACUCUCUCUCGCUCAUGUUUACACCAACCCAUUGCUUUUUAACCUUAGUAGUACAUUAAGAAGAAUCGAGUUAGCUAUAGAGGAAUUUUUUUCCCCUAUUAGUUAGUGAUAGCUAGUGAUAGUGAUACACAAGCAAGGCCUUUUUGAAACAUCGCCAUCUCUUGGCCACAUUUACCCGCCAGAUUCAGUAGCUUGAAAACCCCAUUAGAUUUGUAUUUUUAUUAGUUUUGUAGUCAAAGAUAUGUUUCAUUAUAGUUGUCGUUUUUCAGACGGGUAUGUUAAUUAUUUUAUUUCAGUUGACUAAAUCGUUUUUUCAUGAUCAGUUUUAGUUUACUAUAAUAACCUUGGCUCACACACAAACACACACACACACACACACACACAAUCAAAAUCCAUGCCUAACACACACAUGUUGUUACGCUCAUUCACAAUGCUCAUAAAGUACAUUCAAAAUAGCUACUGUAGGCACAUUUCCAAUUGAGGAUUUACCCCAGUGUUUUACCCAAAAGGCGCAGACUUUUCUGUUUCCAAUUAAGUGUCUAAUUUGGAGCCAAGGCAAGACCCUGGGUACUUUUCAGCUGGCAUUUACAUAACACUGGUUAAUUGUGAACUUUAACACCUUCUCACAAAGCAACAGUCUUGAAUGAUGCAGAGGUUGUUGAUUCUGCUCGCCACCAGUCUUAAGUGUCAGAUUCCUGUUUGAAACACGAGCGACAUUAACAUAAAACACUGGCAGCCCACUGGUGUGGGGGUAAGUCUCAUUGGAAAAGCACCAUAAAUGAACUGUAGGGGCUCUAUUUUCGUCUGCCGUUAAUUUCGUCAUGUAAAAACUGGCGCACUGGCAUUCUCCAGCGCUAACACCAGAUUCAGCAAUUUACCUGUCUUAUAUCAGCUCGCUUGCGCUCAGAUGGGCGGGGCAGAAAUAUUUGAGGUGUGUCCUUAAAAACAUUAUCCAAAGUGAUAAUUUCAGGCAGCGCUGAUAGGGAUAUUUAAGACCAACCAAAAGUAGCUGCUUUUGGUGCCUGUAUACUUUGUAUUUAGAAACCAAUGUUUUUUCCCAAGCAUAGCCUCCCCUCCUCUCAAUGAAGGCUUUUUUUUGUCCUGCCCAAGGCAGUCAUGGAGUAGUCAAGACUGUCGAUAAAGGGUUUGGCUCCUGAGACCGUUUGGAAAUAAAUCUUAAUCACCAAAGCUUUAUUAAUAUAUCACGUUUGAGAGGAGCAAAACAGUGAGCUGACGUUUCCUUUUUAUCUAUGCAUUGUAGGCAGGCCCACGUUAUUUGAGCCAUGCAGGUCUUGUUUUGGACGUGCAUAAAACCCCCUCCAUGAUGUAGGCUACAUGUCCAUCAGUGGCGGUCAGUGCCGUUUAUGAUGAGGGAGGACACAUUUUUUUUAAUGAGCAUGGCCUUAUUUCUAUUACAGCAUGUUGGACGACUGUCAUUCAUAUUUCAUUCACCCAGUUCAAUGUAACAUCGAUAGGUUUAGGCUACUACAUGACUCAAAUUUUCCCUAUACCCAUCAUGAGGUUGCUACAACCUAGCCUGUGAAUGAAAGUUUACAACGUAGGUGCACACAGGUCGAGAGACACAUUUGAGAUGACAGACAGUGACACAUGGACAGACAGUGACAUUCAAUACCGCCUUGCACACUCUUGCCUGCAUCUAGCUGAUAUCAUUAGUCCAACAGUUGCAAACAAGAGUUUCUAUUGGACAAAUUCAAGUAUGUUUAUCCCCGUUUUGUUCUGUUUGCUUCCGUUUAAGAAACGUUUUUCAACAGAAUCGGCGGAAUGAAUACACCCCUGAUUACGCGUAAACACACAGCCACGUUGUAUUCCUUCUCGCAUGCGCUCUCCUCCUCUCACCUCUUCCCUUCGCUUGUGGACUUCAAUGCACAACACAUCAGCUGGAUGUGACCAGGUGAAAAAACCUUUCCAAGCCAAACCACUACACACAGCCUACAUCGUUGUCACAAUUUUAGCUAAAGUAACGUCAUAGUCAGCAUAGCUAAUAGAACUAACGUGUUAGUAAACCCGCUACAAUCAUGCAGUGACGUUACAGUGUACAGUCAGUAAGCAGUUACACUGGCAGGCCCCGGUGGCAAUAAAUUAGUAAAACCAAAAGCUUACCUUGACUUGGAAGAGUUCCUGUGUUGUGUUGGAUAGUCAUAGCCAGCUAGCUAACAUAGCAUCCCUCUGUUUGAGCAGGGUGUUUCAGUAGGCUAAACGAGCUAGCUGCAUUUGCUAGCUAAGUACGUGAAAAUGAAAGUGAAAAAAAAAGGACAUCUCUCUCUAUAUAAAUAUCUCUCUUGCUUCUCCUUCAUUUUGGAAGAAAUUAAUUUGUUCAAAACUGUUCAACUAUUGUCUUUCUCUCUCUUUGAGUCAACUACUCACCACAUUUUAUGCACUGCAGUGCUAGCUAGCUGUAGCUUAUGUUUUCAGUACUAGAUUACUUCUUUGAUUUGGUGGACAACAUAUCAUUUCAUGCUGCAAGAGCUCUGAUAGGUUGGAGGACAUCCUCCGGAAGUUGUCAUAAUUUCUGUGUAAGUCAAUGGAAGGGGGUGAGAACCAUGAGCCUACUAGGUUUGUAUUGAAGUCAAUGUACCUAGAGGAGGAUGGAAGCUAGCUGUCCUCCGGCUACACCAUGAUGAUACCCUACAGAGUGCUGUUGAGGCUACUGUAGACCUUCUUUGCUAAUUAGUGUGUUUUAAUCAAUUAUUUGGUGACGUGAUUAUAUUUAGUAUAGUUUUAUCUAAAAAGGAUAACAUUUUCAAUGUUUUACAUGGAUGGGUGGCUAUUUGAAGAAUCUCAAAUAUAAAAUAUAUUUUGAUUUGUUUAACACUUUUUUGGUAAUACAUGAUUCCAUAUGUGUUAUUUUAUAGUUUUGAUGUCUUCACUUUUUUUCUACAAUGUAGAAAAUAGUUUUUAAAAUAAAAAUACAUUUUUUUGAAUUAGUAGGUGUUCUAAAACUUUUGCAGUUGAGGAACAAUGGGAAAGUAAUUCUGCUUUGAAAGUUGAUAAACUUGUAACCCCACUUUUGAGAAAAUGGCCCUUGAAUGUUUUGGUACACCUAAUGGGGAGCUCUUCUUUGUCUACACCCAUUCAGCAUCGUUCACACCCUCUUAAGCCUUAGCCCCACCCAUCUCUUUAAGGAUUCACGUGAGGCCUUGUGGUAAACACACUCUAUCUCAAAUCAAAUCGAAGUUUAUUUGUCACAUACACAGGAUACAGAAGGUGUAAACUCUACAGUGAUAGUACUAGCAUAGUAGCAAUAUCAAAAACAGAAAGUGUCCAGAUAAAAAUAUUUUAUAAAAAUGUAUCGUUAUUAGAUGACGCUUACCCGACACACUUGUCUAAAUUGAUGGGUCAUAUGAAGGAAAUGCUAUAACCACUCCCCAGCCAUAUCUAGCUAAGUGGAUGGGUCACUAUUGUCUAGACAUGUACACAUGUUCAUGAAAUACAAUAGAUGGCCAUAAUCACCCCCAGACACACCUGGCUAAUUUGAUGGGUCAUGUAAUAAUCCGGCCGAAGUGGAGUCUUUUGUUAGACAUGUAGCUAGCUAGGUAGCUAGCUAGCUAAACAAUGAACCGGCAUAACCCCAACUCAUACUACUACCAAUACAAACAUUGUCAUAGCUGUAGUAUGAAUCUGCAGGUAGCUAAAGCUAACAAACUAGGUUAAAUGUUAGCUAGCUAACAUUAGGCUAUAACUAGCAAUGCAAAUGGAUUUCUGAUUAGAAUAAUAUUGCUACACACAUCAUACAAAUAAUGUUAGCUAGGGAGCCAGCAAGCUAAUGUUUGCUAGCUAACUAACAGUACGCUUUAACUUGCAAUAAAAACGACUUUCUGACAAAAUUAGAAACUUAUAUCUGGAAAAUUUAGCUAGACUCUUACCCGUAUACAUGGAUGAACACUUCACGGCAGACUGGAACUUUUUAACUCUGUUUUGUUUGUAGCUACAUCUUGUUUGGCCAGCUUUGUGUCAAGUCACUCCGGUUCACACUGACCGUGGCGUGUGCAGAAAGUAGCCCAUCACUUUUUCCUACUGAUCUGUCAAUAGCGCCUGCUAAAUUCAGGGCAUUUUUAUUUUUUAUAUAUAUUUUUUUACAUAUUUAGCAGAUGCUCUUAUCCAGAGCGACUUACAGGAGCAAUUAGGGUUAAGUGCCUUGCUCAAGGGCACAUCAACAGAUUUUUCACCUAGUCGGCUCGGGGAUUAGAACCAGUGACCUUUCGGUUACUGGCACAAUGCUCUUAACCACUAAGCUACCUACCACCCCAACAUCAAUGUUGUUGAGAAAAGUAGCAAAACUUGUGUAGUUCUCGAUGUAACGUUAUAUCUUUCAAAAACGGCACUCACAUUAUAGACAGAAGCGUGCUACAUGGCAGACCAAUCCAAACUCAUCUCCCGGCAUGUCCAGCCCAUCCAUUAUCUCAGCCAAUCAUGGCUAGCGGGAAGGUUCCAGUCUUUUUCCGUGGCUAAACCAACUAGGCUCUAAUUUAACCAUUUUAUUCGUAUUUAUGGAUGGAAUACAAGUUUGUUAUUAAGGCACAUGAAAGUUCACAUGUUCCAGACGGCAAUUCUGCCAAAAAACGCAUUUUGAUAAAAAACUAAUGUUUACGUUCAAAUGCCGCUCCUGAGAAGUAGUGACUUGCAACAUAUGCCUAGUUUCCUGAAACUAGUCACAUAUUUCGCCAUGGAGCACGUUCUGAUUGGCCAGUGAAGAGCCUCGACACACACACAACUUGUUUAUUCAUCAAAACCCAGCCCUUUCACUGCAAUGCCAGCAAGUGUGCCGAAAAUUGUAAUAGUGAAAAUAACACAAAUAUUUCUGACACAUCCAUGAACCUAUAGCGCUACCGCUUGCGCUUAGAUUUACCAUUGCCUUAAAUUUGUUGAAAUAGAGCCCUAGGCAUACAACAUUCUGGUAACUGUCCCAAAAUCACAAUUCUUUUCAGAAAAUGUCCAGGGAAUUUGGUGACAUUCUACAACCCUAAUAAACUCUUUUUUUCUAAUAGGGUACAGCAGUUACUCUCUAGCACUUUGGUGGUUUGACCCCAGAAUGCAUUGGUCAGUAUUUAAGACCUAACCACCUCUCGUCCUCUCCUAGCUGUGCUAUCUUUACGCUGACCUGUACAAGCAGACCAACUCCAAAGAGACCAGACGGAUCUUCAUUGAUUUCUAUACUUUCUUCAUGGACCGAGCAGCGGUAAGACACACAUGUACACAUACAUUAUGUGGGAGCACACACAAAGGCACACACUGACGCAUGCAUUUACAAAUGCAUACACACACACUAGCAGUUAGAGUGGCGAGCUGGCAACCGGAGGGUUGCUGGUAUCAAAUCCUUGAUGUCAUUGCCUGCCGUUGUUACCUUAAGCAUCACACUUAACCUCACAAGCAACAGCUCCCAGGCACUCAGUGUGGCAGCCCCCCGCACCUCUCCAAAACCUUUAUGAUUUUCUGGACAAAAUGUUCAAAUGACAUCAGUUUGACCGGUUGUAAGGAAAUAGAAAGCUGUGAAAACGACCCAACAUGUUCUGAUAAGAUUUCAGUUUGGCUUGGAAGCAUAUUUUAUGUGGUAGAAAUACUAUCAGCUUUUAUGAUGCUGAUAAAGAUAGCACCUCUACAGACGGUAUCUAACUCAAGAUGCUGAAAUAAAGAAAUCAUAUUUCUCCACUGCUGUUCCAGAGUAAAUUUGUUGCCUACAUUUGGAAUGUCAUUUUACUGCAAGAAAUGCUUAAUUCUGCAGGAGUUAAUAUUAACGCUAUGUGCGAGGUUAUAGACCUACAAUCAGUGUCCAGAUUUCAUUUUUCAUUUAACCCAUCUGAACAGUAGGCUAUAGUUUCCUUGACGUGUCAUAGGCCUAUUUGAAGUCCUCGUCUUGUGACUGUCGAAUUUGUACAGCACCUCACACAUAACAUAGCCGGCAAUGCUAUCAUCCUCUUUUACCACUUCACCAAAUAUUUUCCAAACAUAAUUUUUCUGGCCCUCUUUAUUUUCAACUCUCCAUUUCUCAGCUUUUCUCUAAUUGAAUUAAACUCCGACAUUGUUCUUUUUUAGCCUCCGUGGAUUGACAUUAACUUUUUCUGCCCGUUCCCAAAAGUAUUUGACGAUUGGCGUGUAGGCUAUUUGGUGCACGUACAGUUAGGCCCUAAAUCUUAGGCUUAUACACUAGUGCCAGAUAGCCUAACAUAAUUAAAGAAAAACCUCAAUGUAGCCUAUAGAUAUAAAUUGCACAAUAAUUAUACAUUUAUGGAUUUUUUAAGGUAUUGUUUUCUCUUUAUUCAACCUGCCAAUCACCCACCCACCCUUCAUCCACACAGUAUUUCAUGACCCUAAACCCACGCUGCGGAUAUAACCGCGGUGACUGCGGGUUAUGAGUCAACACGCGCAUUACUUGCGUUUGUGUGUGAAUUAAAACCCCAGCACCAUCCAUUAGUUCCUCUUUUUGCCUCUCUCUUCUGCUCCUCUCUCUUCUGCUCCUCUUUCUUCUACUCCUCUCUCUUCUGCUCCUCUCUCUUCUGCUCCUCUCUCUUCUGCUCCUGUCUCUUCUGCUCCUCUUUCUUCUGCUCCUAUCUCUUCUGCUCCUCUCUCUUCUGCUCCUCUUUCUUCUGCUCCUCUCUCUUCUGCUCCUCUCUCUUCUGCUCCUCUCUCUUCUGCUCCUCUCUCUUCUGCUCCUCUUUCUUCUGCUCCUCUUUCUUCUACUCCUCUCUCUUCUGCUCCUCUUUCUUCUACCCCUCUCUCUUCUACUCUUUCUUCUACUCCUCUCUCUUCUGCUCCUCUCUCUUCUGCUCCUCUCUCUUCUCUCUUCUGCUCCUCUCUCUUCUACUCCUCUCUCUUCUGCUCCUCUCUCUUCUGCUCCUCUUUCUUCUGCUCCUCUCUCUUCUCUCCAGUCUUCCUUCUGUUGCCUGAGGAAUCUUUGUCCACUAAGUGUGUGAGUGUGUCUGGACAGCCAAGUUCCUUUACUAACGGUGUGCUUCUGCUGAUCUCCAAGAUGCUUAGUAUCCUCUUAAAUGUACAGUCUUUAUCUGCUAUGAUGGGUGCAAAGGAAAUGGUAUUUGUGUUUGUUGGGAUUGAAUUGCUGAAAGUCUCUGUUCUUUUUUUGCUAAGAUACUUGAAACUCUCUCUUUCUCUUGCAGAAUUUGAAAGUAGCUGUGCCUGAGUCUAUUGCCUCUGAACUAGGUAAGAUGGUUCAACCCUUUUUGUUUACACUUAAUCCUCUCAGAUCUUGUAUAAGUUUAGCAACAGUUAUAGCAAUACAGUACUGUAUCGUCUACUGUAAUUGAUUAGAACGUUUCCAAAAAAGGGAGACAGCUUGAAACUGUGUGAGUGCAGUUGGCCCGUGUAGCUCAGUUGGUAGAGCAUGGCGCUUGCAACGCUAGGGUUGUGGGUUCGAUUCCCACGGGGGGCCAGUAUGAGAAAAAAAAGAUGUAUGCACUAACUGUAAAGUUGCUCUGGAUAAGAGCCUCUGCUAAAUGACUGUAAUGUGUGUGUCUGAAUGUGUGUGUGUGUGUUGACUAACAUGCUGUUGUGUGUUCCCAGAUCGGCGGAGACCUGAGCUGAUCCCAGAGGAGCUGCACAGACAGUACACACAGCUGCUACAGGACACACUGCUACCAGACAUCCAGGGGAACCUAGAGGACUUCAGGUCACACACACACACACAUUCAGACAGACACAUGUACACCAGUGGCGGUCAGUGCCGUUUAAGAUGAGGGAGGACACAUUUUUUUCAUGAGCAUGGCCUUAUUUCUAUUACAGCAUAUUGGAUGACUGUCAUUCAUAUUCCAUUCACCCAGUUCAAUGUAACAGCGAUAGGUUUAGACUACUACAUCAUACUCAAAUUUUCCCUAUACCCAUCAUGAGGUUGCUACAACCUAGCCUAUUAAAUAAAGUUUACAACGUAGCUGCACACAGGUCGAGAGACAAAUUUGAGGUGACAGACAGUGACACAUGGACAGACAGUGACAUUCAAUACCGCCUUGCACACUCUUGCCUGCAUCUAGGUGAUAUCAUUAGUCCAACAGUUGCAAACGAGAGUUUCUAUUGGACAAAUUCAAGUAUGUUUAUCCCCGUUUUGUUCCGUUUGCUUCUGUUUAAGAAACGUUUUUCAACAGAAUUGGCAGAAUGAAUAUACCCCUGAUCAUGCGUAAAUACACAGCCACGUUGUAUUCCUUCUCGCAUGCGCUCUCCUCCUCUCACCUCUUCCCUUCGCUUGUGGACAUCAAUCCACAACACAUCAGCUGGAUGUGACCAGGCGAAAAAACCUUUCCAAGCCAAACCGCUACACACAGCCUACAUCGUUGUCACAAUUUUAGCUAAGGUAACGUCAUAGUCAGCAAAGCUAAUAGAACUAACGCGUUAGUAAACCCGCUACAAUCAUGCAGUGACGUUACAGUGUACAGUCAGUAAGCAGUUACACCGGCAGGCCUCGGUGGCAAUAAAUUAGUAAAACCAAAAGUUUACAUUGACUUGGAAGAGUUCCUGUGUUGGGUUGGAUAGUCAUAGCCAGCUAGCUAACAUAGCAUCCCUCUGUUUGAGCAGGGUGUUUCAGUAGGCUAAACUAGCUAGCUGCAUUUGCUAGCUAAGUAAGUGAAACUGAAAGUGAAAAAAAAAUGACAAAUCUCUCUCUAUAUACAGUGGGGAGAACAAGUAUUUGAUACACUGCCGAUUUUGCAGGUUUUCCUACUUACAAAGCAUGUAGAGGUCUGUAAUUUUUUAUCAUAGGUACACUUCAACUGUGAGAGACGGAAUCUAAAAUAAAAAUCCAGAAAAUCACGUUGUAUGAUUUUUAAGUAAUUAAUUUGCAUUUUAUUGCAUGACAUAAGUAUUUGAUCACCUACCAACCAGUAAGAAUUCCGGCUCUCACAGACCUGUUAGUUUUUCUUUAAGAAGCCCUCCUGUUCUCCACUCAUUACCUGUAUUAACUGCACCUGUUUGAACUCAUUACCUGUAUAAAAGACACCUGUCCACACACUCAAUCAAACAGACUCCAACCUCUCCACAAUGGCCAAGACCAGAGAGCUCUGUAAGGACAUCAGGGAUACAAUUGUAGACCUGCACAAGGCUGGGAUGGGUUACAUGACAAUAGGCAAGCAGCUUGGUGAGAAGGCAACAACUGUUGGUGCAAUUAUUAGAAAAUGGAAGAAGUUCAAGAUGACGGUCAAUCACCCUCGGUCUGGGGCUCCAUGCAAGAUCUCACCUCGUGGGGCAUCAAUGAUCAUGAGGAAGGUGAGGGAUCAGCCCAGAACUACACGGCAGGACCUGGUCAAUGACCUGAAGAGAGCUGGGACCACAGUCUCAAAGAAAACCAUUAGUAACACACUUUGCCAUCAUGGAUUAAAAUCCUGCAGCGCACGCAAGGUCCCCCUGCUCAAGCCAGCGCAUGUCCAGGCCCGUCUGAAGUUUGCCAAUGACCAUCUGGAUGAUCCAGAGGAGGAAUGGGAGAAGGUCAUGUGGUCUGAUGAGACAAAAAUAGAGCUUUUUGGUCUAAACUCCACUCGCCGUGUUUGGAGGAAGAAGAAGGAUGAGUACAACCCCAAGCCGUGAAGCAUGGAGGUGGAAACAUCAUUCUUUGGGGAUGCUUUUCUGUAAAUGGGGACAGGACGACUGCACCGUAUUGAGGGGAGGAUGGAUUGGUCCAUGUAUCGCGAGAUCUUGGCCAACAAUCUCCUUCCCUCAGUAAGAGCAUUGAAGAUGGGUCGUGGCUGGGUCUUCCAGCAUGACAACGACCCGAAACACACAGCCAGGGCAACUAAGGAGUGGCACCGUAAGAAGCAUCUCAAGGUCCUGGAGUGGCCUAGCCAGUCUCCAGACCUGAACCCAAUAGAAAAUCUUUGGAGGGAGCUGAAAGUCCGUAUUGCCCAGCGACAGCCCCGAAACCUGAAGGAUCUGGAGAAGGUCUGUAUGGAGGAGUGGGCCAAAAUCCCUGCUGCAGUGUGUGCAAACCUGGUCAAGACCUACAGGAAACAUAUGAUCUCUGUAAUUGCAAACAAAGGUGUCUGUACCAAAUAUUAAGUUCUGCUUUUCUGAUGUAUCAAAUACUUAUGUCAUGCAAUAAAAUGCAAAUUAAUUACUUAAAAAUCAUACAAUGUGAUUUUCUGGAUUAGAUUCCGUCUCUCACAUUUGAAGUGUACCUAUGAUAACAAUUACAGACCUCUACAUGCUUUGUAAGUAGGAAAACCUGCAAAAUCGGCAGUGUAUCAAAUACUUGUUCUCCCCACUGUAUAUAUUUCUCUCUUGCUUCUCCUUCAUUUUGGAAUAAAUUAAUUUGUUAAAAACUGUUCAACUAUUGUCUUUGUCUCUCUUUGAGUCAAUUACUCACCACAUUUUAUGCACUGCAGUGCUAGCUAGCUGUAGCUUAUGCUUUCAGUACUAGAUUCAUUAUCUGAUUCUUUGAUUGGGUGGACAACAUGUCAUUUCAUGCUGCAAGAGCUCUGAUAUGUUGGAGGACAUCCUCCGGAAGUUGUCAUAAUUACUGUGUAAGCCGAUGGAAGGGGGUGAGAACCAUGAGCCUCCUAAGUUUUGUAUUGAAGUCAAUGUACCUAGAGGAGGACGGAAGCUAGCUGUCCUCCGGCUACACCAUCGUGCUACCCUACAGAGUGCUGUUGAGGCUACUGUAGACCUUCUUUGCUAAAUAGUGUGUUUUAAUCAAUUAUUUGGUGAUGUGAUUAUAUUUAGUAUAGUUUUAUCUAAAAAGGAAAACUUUUUCAAUGCUUUAUCAUUUUUAUUUUUAUGAAUUUCACUGAGAAGACUGGUCUUCCCCUUCCUCCUCUGAGGAGUCUCCACUGAUAUACACAGUCUCUUUUUUUCUCUCUCUCUCUCUCUCACACACACACACACACAAACCCACACACCAUAAAUGCACACUACAAACACACACGUGAGCACACUCACACUUCUCAAAGAUGAUGAUUUGCACAUAAUUAAUGAAUGGAUUAAUCAUACGUGUUUGUUUGCGUGUGGGCGCGCAUGUGUCUGCCUGUGUCUGUCUGUGCAUCUGUGCUUAUCUGCCUAUAUGUGUCUACAGGCAGAAGCGCAGCAUGGGUCUGACCCUGGCAGAGGGGGAGCUGGCUAAGCUGGACACAGAGAGGGUGAGAGACCGCGUGGCGCUGGAGAGAGAACGCUCCUGUGCCGAACACAUAAUCUCCAAGAUAGAGGACGUGCUGUAAGUCUCUGAAAUACAUGCAUACACACACAGGGACAGAAAAACGUGCGCGCAACACAGUGACAGAAACACGUGCGACAUGGCACAAGAGUCAGGUCGAAUACAGCUGUUGGCUCUGUUUUCCACGUACCCUUUGAGAUAGACAGGAGGCGAGUGUAGUGUACAAUUGCACAUUCUUUCUUACACACACACACAUGCCACUACAAACACAGGAGCAUGAUGUUAUCAGCUCCAUAAGGAUGAUCUAGUCUGGUAAUGGCAUAAGGUGUAGGUUAGAGUACAAUAGAGUGUUGUCUCCAGUUACUGUGUGUGUGUAGAAUAAAUUGUACCACAUGCACACACACAGACACACCGACACACACACACACAGACAUUCUGGGGGUUAUUUCCAGGUCAGUGAGUGCUUGCGUGUCUCUGCAACUCCGGGCCUCAAACACUCCAAACUGGACAGAUCACAGGGAUUUAGAUAGAUAGAUAGAGCUCUAUCAUCUCACUCUCCGAAGACCGUCUCUCCUCCCUGAAAUGUAGCCUUUUGUUUUGUGUUUUUGAUGUCAGUGUGACGUUUUAGGCCAUUUUGGCAUGUACUGUAACUAAUAGCUACCAAUGUUUUGACGUUUGCAUGCCCAUGCAGAUUUGGGCCUUUUGAAACUGCGGUGCAAAUAUUUCUGUCCUUUGGGGUUUUGUUUGAUAAGAGAAUAAACCUCAGUCGGUGUCUCUACUUACUGUUGUGAGUUAUAAUAGUAGAAUAUACCAGGUGCAAUUUCGAAAUGUGGUUGUCCAUCAGCAGUUUUUCUCUUGUUGUCAGUCACUGACAGUCACUCAAUUAGCCCAUGUCAGCUACAUUUUUUUUAGAUUGGUAAAUUAGUCUAGCCAGCUAUCAAACCUUGUAGUAAUCAUGGUCAAUUACCGACCGGGGGGCCCCCAUUGAUUUUGUUUGUCACCCUCACUCAGAUAUCAUAUUAAAAACUGCAAACAUUUCUCUCCACCCUAUGGCAAAAUGUGAAGAAUUGCAGGAAAUUAACUCAAAAACUUUUUUCUCUCUCUACUGUCAAGAGGGGGGGGUGGGGCAACAAAAUGUCACUUAGCGCCCCAAAAAGGCUAGGACCUGCUCUGACUGCAUGUGUGGGUAUGGAUGUGGGUACGCAGACCCUCAUGAUGAGUUCAGAUUUUUUGUGGCCCCCACCCCUAUCAAAGUUGCCCAUCCCUGAGAUAAAGGCUAAUGGAACUAUAUUGCCAUUACACCAGAAGACUUCACAUUUGUCCUUUUGUAGUAUAAGGGAAACUGUGUGUGGUGUGUGUCAGUUAACCCUGUGUGUGUUUUUCUCCUUCCAGGCUGACGUCACAGCCCACAGAAGAGGAGAAGUGGUAAGAAGGGGGAUCUUUCCAUGUACAGUGUCUAACUAUAACCAAAUGAUGUUAGAAUAAGUCUAGGACUCAAUAGGUCUGUUGUCAUACUAGAGUCUAGACAGUGGAAGUAGCGGUGUUGAUUGUUGAAUGAAUUCAAGUGAGUGUGUGUUGUCAUACAGUGGUUGUAGCGGGGUGUGGGCGGCAGGUAGCCUAGCGGUUAAGAGCAUUGGGCCAGUAACUGAAAGGUUGAUGGUUCGAAUCCCUGAGCCGACUAGGUGAAAAAUCUAUCGAAGUGCCCUUGAGCAAGGCACAACCCAAAUUGCUCCUGUAAGUUGCUCUGGAUAAGAGUGUCUGCUAAAUGACUAAAAUGUAAAUGUAUGUAUUCAAUUACUCGUCAAGGUGAAUCACACAUACUUUAUCUGGGCCAGUAUUCUCUGUGUAGGAGUGCUGAUCUAAGAUAAUUUCGCCCCUUUUGGAUCAUAAUUAAUAUUAUUAUAUUGACAGGGGGGACCUGAUCCUAGAUCCGCACCCCUACUAUCAUACGCUUUGUGAAUGCGGGCCCUGUUCUGAAGUCAAUGUGUAUUGGAAUUAGGUUCUCUGAUACUUGGUUUAAUACUCUAUUCAGUGAUUAUUAGCGAGCUGGACACAGUCAAGAAACUGUAUGAAUGUAGGUCCAUUAUAUUUUAUACAUAGUUUCGAUUUGGUUUGAGUCAUUUUAAAGUAUAUUGAGUUGCAUGAAUUCCAUCAGCAUGUUGUGUAUCCAUCCUGUGAGAAAAGCUGUUGGAGUGGCACAGGUUACUUUUGCCCAAAAGUAGUGCACUAUAUAGGGAAUAGGGUUCCAUUUGUGAUGCAUCCUGAGAGUCUGCCAUCAGUGGUUAUCAUAGUGUCCUCUCACUCUAUCUGCUGGAGAUCUGUGGUACUACACACUUUCAGUUAGGUCGUGUUCAUUAGGCACCAAAUGGUAGAAAACAGACCGAAAGGGGGAGGGACUACCUGGUCUUGACCAAUGCAAAAAGCCCAUUUUAGUUUUCUGUUGCAAAACGUUUUCGGUUGCACGCCCUUAUGAACACGACCCUGUUUUGAGAUAAUUAAUCGUAUUGAAGAAUAAGGUGAUAGUAAAAACUGAUCAGGUCAGGUUUAAAGAAACGUGACCUAACCUUUUCAUUCGAUUUUCCCCAAAUGUACUUCUAGUGAUUGAUAACGUGUCAUAUUAGACUGUUUUCAAAGAGCCUUGGGAGACAUUUAUGUAUCAUGAGAUUUUCUUUUAGAAAGUAUAAUUAUUAUUUCAGUUAAUCAAUAUGAUGGUUGAAUGAUUAUAAAUUAUUUCAUAUUAUUAAGAUCAAGAUGGCUGUACUGGACCUUUAAUGUUAAUUAAAAGUGUAUUAAUGGUAAUAUUAACAGUUAAUUAAAGACAUGCUCCAGAACUUUGGCACUACUAAGUAUUUUUUAAACCUCCCGCUUUGGGCUGGAUGUGUCAAUGUGUAGUUCAUACAUGCAUAAUCUAUGAGCAGAAUUACUGUCUUACCUCAAUUACCCACGAAAUCCCUAGUUUGAAAGCAACAGUUUUUCUGGAAGCUGUGCUACACCAUUUUCCCUACAAAUUGCUAGGGCCCUAGCAAUUUGAGUUCAACCAAUGAGCUUCAGCCCCUCACCGUAUGAAUGACUAGCAACAUGCACAUGAUUCACCAACAGCAGAGCGAGAGAGAGAGCAAUGACAUGGUGCACAUAUCUGCACAUAUGUGACGUAGUACGCAAUUAUCUAGGAUCACUUUUUGCUCGUGAGCGCUACUUUCAGAACUACUGGCUAAAAAGUAUACAAAAGUACCAGAGAAUCCCUUUAAUAGUGUAUUGUGUUGUGUUCCAGCACUACUAUGCAGUAUGUCAUCCUCACCUAUAUGAAACAUCUGGGAGUUAAAGUGAAGGAACCGCGUAGCCUAGAGCCCAAACGAGUCCGCAUCAACUUCCUGCCCAAGAUCAAGGUACAACACACACACAACUAGACGCAUCAAUUAUGCAUUUGAGCACAAUACCGUAGUCUUUUACUGCUUGUAGGAACUUCACUUUUUAGUACUACCCAAUUGGUAGUUACAGUCUUGUCCCAUCGCUGCAACUCCUGUACGGACCCGGGAGAGAGCCAUGCAUUCUCCGCAACACGACCGCGCCAAGCCGCAUGCUUCCUGACACCAAUGUGUCGGAGGAAACACCGUACAGCUGGCGACUGAAGUCAGUGUGCAUGCGCCCAGCCGCCACAAGGAGUCACUAGAGCGCGAUGGGACAGGGACAUGCCAGCCAAACCCUCCUCUAACCCGGACGACGCUGGGCUAAUUGUACGGUGCCUCAUGGGUCUCCCGGUCGCGACCGGCUGCAACACAGCCCGGGAUCGAACCCGGGUCUGUAGUGACGCCUCUAGCACUGCAGUGCCUUAGACCGCUGCACCACUCAAGAGGCCAGGAAUUCACAUUUGAUGUAGCAUAAAUCAUUCUGUUUCUUCCCAUGGUGGCACUGUUUUACUCACACUUGUUAACAUUAUUCCAGGGCAGCGUUCAGCAGGGUGCAAUGUUGUGCAAUGUUCAGAUAGUAACAUGCCUCUCUGACAUGUAGAAUAUGUGUAAUGAAGGAUAAAGGAUCACAUCAGCUCUAUUCAUGACAUGUCUAUCUGCAACGUUCCACAACGUUUGCUUACUAAAUGUGGCCCAGCUUUAAAUUCUCUGACUGGGUGGUUUGAAUUUGUUUUUGUUCUGUGGAGCAGAAGAGCAUCAAAACUGAGAAAGAGGGGGAGGAGAAGGUGAAGAAGCCUCGUUUUCCAAACAUCCUCGGCCCUCCUCGUCGGCCCAGCCGUGUGGACUCCACUUCAAGUAAGUGUAGAAGUCUACAAAGUGUUCCCUCCUAGUGUGCAGCACCAGUGUGGAACAAAAAAAACACAAUGGUUAGUUUGAGAUGCGUAACAGGCUCUGUAGUGAUGUCAAAUAUCAAGUUGAGAUAUGAUGUUAAUAUUGAGCCUGUUACACAUCUCAAACUAACCAUUGUAAUUUUUUGUAAUUCUUAACUUUUUUUGAGAUUCUCAACGAUUCCAUUUCGAUUCAGUCAAUUCAGGAAGUAAACUGAAAUUCCAAUAACGAGUUUUCCUCAUAGAAAAGCAUUGAGAAAGUUCUGAAUUGGAAUUUCAGUUCACUUCCUGAUUUUACUGAAUUGAAAUGGAAUUGACCCAAACCCUGAGAGGAAUCCACGUAAAAAAGCCACAAUUCCUGACAUUUAAUCCUAGUAGAAAUUCCCUGUCUUAGGUCAGUUAGGAUCACCACUUUAUUUUAAGAAUGUGAAAUGUCAGAAUAAUAGUAGAGAGAAUUAUUUCUUUCAGUUUUAUUUCUUUCAUCACAUUCCCAGUGGGUCAGAAGUUUACAUACACUCAAUUAGUAUUUGGUAGCAUUGCUUUUAAAUUGUUUAACUUGGGUCAAACGUUUCGUGUAGCCUUCCACAAGCUUCCCACAAUAAGUUGGGUGAAUUUUGGCCCAUUCCUCCUGACAGAGCUGGUGUAACUGAGUCAGGUUUGUAGGCCUCCUUGCUCGCACAGCUUUUUCAGUUCUUCCCAUACAUUUUCUAUAUGAUUGAGGUCAGGGCUUUGUGAUGGCCACUUUGUUGUCCUUAAGCCAUUUUGCCACAACUUUGGAGGUAUGCUUAGGGUCAUUGUCCAUUUGGAAGACCCAUUUGCGACCAAGCUUUAACUUCCUGACUGAUGUCUUGAGAUGUUGCUUCAAUAUAUCCACAUAAUUUUCCUUCCUCAUGAUGCCAUCUAUUUUGUGAAGUGCACCAGUCCCUCCUGCAGCAAAGCACCCCCACAGCAUGAUGCUGCCACCCCCGUGCUUCACGUUGGGAUGGUGUUCUUCGGCUAGCAAGCAUCCCCCUUUUUCCUCCAAACAUAACUAUGGUCAUUAUGGCCAAACAGUUCUAUUUUUGUUUCAUCAGACCAGAGGACAUUUCUCCAAAAAGUACAAUCUUUGUCCCCAUGUGCAGUUGCAAACCGUAGUCUGACUUUUUUAUGGUGGUUUUUGAGCAGUGGCUUCUUCCUUGCUGAGCGGCCUUUCAGUGUGGAUAUAGAUACUUUUGUACCUGUUUCCUCCAGCAUCUUCACAAGAUCCUUUGCUGUUGUUCUGGGAUUGAUUUGCACUUUUUGCACCAAAGUACGUUCGUCUCUAGGAGACAGAACACGUCUCCUUCCUGAGCGGUAUGACGGCUGCGUGGUCCCAUGGUGUUUAUACUUGCGUACUGUUGUUUGUACAGAUGAACGUGGUACCUUCAGGCAUUUGGAAAUUGCUCCCAAGGAUGAACCAGACUUGUGGAGGUCUACAAUUUGUUUUCUGAGGUCUUGGCUGACUUAUUUUUGAUUUCCCAUGAUGUCAAGCAAAGAGGCACUGAGUUUGAAGGUAGGCAUUGAAAUACAUCCACAGGUACACCUCCAAUUUACUCAAAUUAUGUCAAUUAGCCUAUCAGAGCUUCUAAAGCCAUGACAUCCUUUUCUGGAAUUUUCCAAGCUGUUUAAAGGCAUAGUCAACUUAGUGUAUGUAAACUUCUGACCCACUGGAAUUGUGAUACAGUGAAUUAUAAGUGAAAUAAUCUGUCUGUAAACAAUUGUUGCAAAAAUUACUUGUGUCAUGCACAAAGUAGAUGUCCUAACCGACUUGCCAAAACUAUAGUUUGUUAACAAGAAAGUUGUGGAGUGGUCAAAAUGAUUGGCACCCCUGUUUUCAAUACUUUUGUAUGUAUUGUACUUUAUUUUUUCCCCUUGUGAGAAUAACGACACUGUGAUUAUUGUGGAUAGUCGGUUAAUAUAAUAGUUCGUUUAAACGUUUAUAUGCUUUGGAAGAAUAACAAUUUCCCUAAUAAUCCUGUUUACAUGAAAUCAGGCUACUGAUGGUACUUUUGAUAAAAGCAGAAAAUUGGCAAUCAAAAUAAACGUUCUACCACAGUGACCUGUUAUUUUUGCGAAGACUUUGAUUCUGAGUUCAGACAUAUAAGGUUUAUGUGAAAACUAUUUAUAAGAUGCAUAGUUUCAGUUUUUCCGAACUCACUUCACUCGCGCAUAAGAGGGAGCCUUAGUUUUUCUGCUAAGGGGACAGGACAACUUCACCGCAUCAAAGGGACGAUGGACGGGGCCAUGUACUGUCAAAUCUUGGGUGAGAACCUCCUUCCCUCAGCCAGGGCAUUGAAAAUAGGUCGUGGAUGGGGAUUCCAGCAUGACAAUGACCCAAAACACACGGCCAAGGCAACAAAGGAGUGGCUCAAGAAGAAGCACAUUAAGGUCCUGGAGUGGCCUAGCCUGUCUCCAGACCUUAAUCACAUAGAAAAUCUGUGGAGGGAGCUGAAGGUUCGAGUUGCCAAACGUCAGCCUCGAAACCUUAAUGACUUGGAGAAGAUCUGCAAAGAGGAGCGGAACAAAAUCCCUCCUGAGAUGUGUGCAAACCUGGUAGCCAACUACAAGAAAUGUCUGACCUCUGUGAUUGCCAACAAGGGUUUUGCCACCAAGUACUAAGUAAUGUUUUGCAGAGGGGUCAAAUACUUAUUUCCCUCAUUAAAAUGGAAAUCUAUUUAUAACAUUUUUGUUAUGCGUUUUUCUGGAUUUUUUUGUUGUUAUUCUGUCUCUCACUGUUCAAAUAAACCUACCAUUAAAAUUAUAGACUGAUCAUUUCUUUAUCAGUAGACAAAAGUACAAAAUCAGCAGGGGAUCAAAUACUUUUUUCCCUCACUGUAUUUUUUGCACAUAUUGCCCAGCUCUACUCUGGUGUCAAAAUUACCCCAGUCGGUAGCAUGAAGGUUAAAUGAUGCGCAAAGCCACGAACCCUAAGACUCCUCCAGAAAUAACAGGAAAUUGUAUACUUCUGACAUCAAAGCCAACAACAAGCUACUGACGUAAUACAGUAUUAUGGAAAAUCUACAGUGUGCCUGUCUUUCAUAUGUCCACUCAACCAUAGUCCCUCAUGUAUUAUAUAGAUUAUAUAUUUAAAUAUCUGUGAUGAACAUGAAUUCAACUACUCAACUGGCAUCCUUUCUUCAAAUGAGAUGUAUUCAUACAUGUGUACAGUAUGGUCAUACUUUGGUAGAACCACUGAACAAGCUAAAUCUGUGUGAUCUGUCCCUACAGUAGCAUUCCUAUUAGUGCACUUUCUCUGUCACAGCCCAGAGCAGGUCUUGCCUUCUCAAUAGAUGCCAUUUAACCGGCUGUCACAAUCUUCGUACAAUCAGCACGAACCCCUCGGGAUGUAGCGUUCAACAGUGCAUCCCACAGAGCACAUCUUGAUGUUCUUCUUUAUCAAUAGCUACCGCAGCGCUUUUCCAUUUCAGAUAAGCGCGCUCUUCCAUCCACCGUCACUUGUUACGCUCUGUGUCGCCCAGUACUCUCUCUCUCCUGAGCUGUCACUUCAUUCUCUCUUUCCAGAUCCUUGAUAUCCUUCGUCUGCUUCAAUUCAAACCACAGGUUUUCAAUGAGGUUCAGUGGAAGCAAAAUAGCCCCAUAACAUCAAAGAUCCACUACUAUAUUGUACUGUAGGUAUGAGGUACUUUUCUGCAUAUGCUUCUGUUUUUCAACACCAAAUCCAUCACUGGUGUUUGUGGCCAAGGAGCUCUAUUUUCAUGUAAAGUGACCAUAGCACCUCCUAGAGUUUGAUAAAUGGCAUUGACACUUGGUUUGGAACCGGUGCUAUUGUCAGAAGACAUGAAAAUAGAGCUCUUUGGCCACGACAUCAGUGGUGGGUUUGGCCUUAAAAACAGAAGCAUAUGCAGGAAAGUACUUCGUACCUAAGGUAAAAUAUGGUGGUGGAUCUUUGAUGUCAUGGGGCUAUUUGGCUUCCACUGGUCCUGGGGCCAUUGUUAAGGUCAAUGGCAUCAUGAACUUUAUUACCGUGGAUUGCCCAUGGAUAUGUGAGCUACAGUACUGACUGUAGUUUAUUUUAACAUGCACGUGUGCUUGUGUGUUUGUUUGUUUGCUUGUUUGUGUGUGUGUGUAGUCAGCAAGGCCAUAGAGAUGAACAAGCAGCGGGGCCCCCAGAAGCAGCUCUCCCAGCUUGCCCUAAGCGUCCCCGAUCACCCAGAAUCCUCAGCGGGCAGCACCUGCGGCAGCCAAUCCAGCGAACCAGGCUUGGAUGUGGCCACCCACCCCUCUGCCUUCAUCGCAUCACCCCCCCACAGUGCCCCAGCCAGCCAGGGCUCCGAUCCCACAGGACGCGAUUUUGACUCGGGUAAGGACCCCUUGUCUCUUCCCCACCCCCAUGCCUUUCCUCCUUACUCUUUCUUCCUAUUUGCCUUUUCCUCUCCAAUUCUCUCGAAUAAUGAUAGAAGGUAAAGGACUGUGUUAUAGCGCUGAAGUGCUUUUCCAAGUGCUCAAAUUGCUAUAUAUUUGAGGGGCGGACUCACCUCAUCCAAUAUCAACUAUUUCUUUCUCUCUCUCUCUCUCUCUCUCUCUCUCUCUCUCUCUCUCUCUCUCUCUCUCUCUCUCUCUCUCUCGCUCUCUCUGUCUCUCGCUCGCUCGCUCUCUCUCUCGCUCGCUCUCUCUCUCUCUCUCGCUCUCUCUCUGUCUCUCUCGCUCUCUCUCUGUCUCUCUCUCUGUCUCUCUCUCUCUCUCUCUCUCUGUCUCUCUCUCUCUCUCUGUCUCUCUCUCUCUCUCUCUCCAUGUCUUCCCUCUAGCUUCCUCUCUAUAUUUCCCUGCACCACCCCAUCCCUAUCUCUCCCACGCUGUUUGUUUGCCUUUGUUCUGUGGUCCACUCCUCUCUGACAAGUUCGCUCCCUGGCUUUUUGUUGUCAGGACUUCAUUACACUGGCUUAGCCUGUCUUACAGUGGCCCAGCCUUCUGGAAAAUAAUAGCCUUCUUUGGUUCUUCUUGUUUAUUCAUAAUUGGGGGGCGGCCUUAUUGUCCGAAUGUCGUCUAGUCUUUGUCUGUCGAAACAACCCCUCUCUAUUUUAGUUUUGGACGUCCUGCUAUAUCUCAUACGGAUAUUCUUUCUUGCACUGCUUUUAGACUAAAGGGGAUCUUUUUUUUGUUCCAUCACACGAUAAGACAAUGAACACAGCGUAAAUGUGGACUAACAUGCUUCUCUUCGAUGGAGAUCUUGUUUGACCUUCUGAAUGAAGAAACUUCUGUGAGCCUUCGCCGUAUUACUUAGGACAUUAUUGCCUCCUGUAGGACUUAAGUGGAGUAGAAUAUGACUUUAUUAAUUUACAUGGAGAGGAACAUUCACCCUGGUAGAAUUGAAUACAGCUUUAUUAAUCCACUUGGAGAGGGACAUUGUGGAUUUAGGAUCAGUCUUGCCUUUUAGAUCACAGUGAAAAUAGGAUUACAGGGCCAGUAGGGACAUGAUUGUAGAUCAGCACUCUUACUCAGAGAUGCUUUUUACAUACAGCCCCUGACCUCUCCUCUCCUCCUUUGUUCUCUCCUCUCCAGGUCUCACUCCCUCCUCUGCCCUGCCCAGACUGAGCUCUGACGGGCUCCACUCGGGCGACGCCCAGGACAGGAUGGCCCACACCACCAGCACACGCUUUGACUUCAGCCCCUGCACCCUGGACCAAUUGCAGGAGGAGGAGCGCGAGAGUGACAGGUAAGUGCGGGACAAGGUCAUGGUGUCAGGGGUUGGAUUAAACUCAUGCUGACUAUGCGGUGCUAACUGCUAGACCACACAAGCCACAGGGUCUAUACACUUUUGAUUGUAUCUGUCUUAUUAUAACACACAGCUAGGCGUUGAUUUGACUUUGGGGAAUAUACAACUUAAAUAUGGAGGUGGAUAGACAUGGGGGCUUGGAAUCAUUGCCAUCAUUGGACAUUCCUAGACAGUCGCGACCAUUGUCAUUCGAAAUUCAGGCUAAUGGGGCCAUUGAAGUCAAUUGGCUCCAUGAGCCUUUUUCACGUGACCUUUUUUUUUUUAGAAAGUGCUAUUUAUUUAUUUUACUAAACUAUGAGGUAAGCGAGAAAACAUGAAUCAAUGUAUUUUACAACCCAUGCAAAAAACAAAAGGAACAAAAUAGUUUGAUAAUUUCUUUGCUUGCUGUGGCGUUUACCCCCCUCAAAAAUCAUAUUGUUUACAGGUUAUAGUGACAUAGGCUUAUCGACUUGGUGACAGCACCUUUCCAUAUGAUGUGCUAGUUACUUAGCCUACAUGACCAUUGAGCAGUAUGCCGCGUAGAAAUACAGAGUGCAGAUCUGCUGUAAUCAAAUGUGAUGGUUUCAGCAAUACAUAGUGAAUGUCUAAUCUGCUCAAGGGUUGAUAAACUCUAAUCUAUACCAUCCUUUCAUCUCAAACGGUAGAUCUAAUCUGAGUCAGGACUGUCUUCUGGGUCAACACAAAUCUAUGCUAAGUCUACAUCCCAAAUGGCACCCUAUUCCCUAUAUAGUCAAAAGUAGUGCACUAAAUAGGGAAUAGGGUGCCAUUCGGGAUGCAAACUAAAUCGCAUGCUGGGUGAAUUGCAUGAUCACUGAACUAUUGGUCCGAGGAGGGAGCAAGCUUUCCCAGAAAAAGCCUUCCAAGGCAGAACGUUUUGCUGAUGUGUUGGUCCACUGCCAAGCUCAUUCGUUAUCAUCCAACAUGAUGAAAGUGUGUUGACGGGGACUGUGAUCUUCUCUCUCCAGGGUUCAAGAUGGAGGCACCCCCAAACCAGCCCGGAGGUGAGUCUUUUUCUACUUUUAUUUGUGUUGUUGUUGUUGUUGUCAAUUUCAUGUAAUGUUGUUUACAGACCUGGGUUCAAAUACUUUUUGAAAUCUUUCAAAUACUUUGAGCAGUUGCUCUAGCCUGCCUGGAGUGCCAGUUGGGUGGGGUUUGCAGUUUAAGGACUGUUCUAUUCUAUUUAGCCUGGCAAGCUCAAUCAAGUACGGAUAAAGAAUUUGAAAUGAUUUCAAAUAGUAUUUGAAUCCAGGUCAGUUUUUUUUUUUUUACAUCUCUGUAGUUAUAUGAAUGUUUGGCAUGAAUGGGAACUGAUUUUCCUCAGUUGUUCUGUGGCACCAGCUAUUCAAAGGGUUUGCGUUGCCCACACAAUUUAAUGAACUGAAUCAGUGGUGCUUGAUUAAUCAUGAUUAACGUGAUUAAGCUUUAACUUAACUCUGGCAAAACCUUUGAAUAGAAUUGAUUUAGUUACUUGUCCCCCUCUCUCUACGCAUUAUUAAAGGCUUGACAUCUGCACUUAGUAACUCGGUAACUUCCCAAUUAAUCACACAUUGAUCUCAAUCGUAGAGUUGCGCUUUAAUCUUGUUUAAGUGGGCCCAUGGCUGUGUUCAUUAGGUACCAGGUCUCCCUUGUAAAAGAGGUCUUCUGACCUCAACGGGACUUCCUGGAUAAAUAAAGGUAAAUAAAACCAAACAGAAGAAGACUGACUGAAACAGGGAGGGACUACUGUCCAAUAAGAAAUGCUUGUUUUCCUUUUCCGUUGCAAAAAUGUUGCCACUGCAUGCCCUAAUGAACACAAUCCAGGUGUCAUCACCAGAGACUUGUUGUUCUCAUGUCAGGAUGGAGGGUUUAGGCUGUGCAGAUGUGCCGAGUGAGGACGACCUGGGGAAUGAGAUCGAGUGCGAGCAGGACCCUCCCAACUGGCAGACGCUGGUCAGCCGAGAGAUCCUGGCAGGCCUGACGCCACAGGAGAUCAAGAGACAGGAAGUCAUCAACGGUGAGGCCGGUGACCAUUUUUGUUCCACAUAAUGUACAGCUGCCUGGGGAUCAGUCAUACAGAUAGAGUAUUUUCAUGCUAUCAGUCUGCUAAAGAUAGAUUUGUUGAAUAUUGCAAGUAGUUUCAUGUUAGCUGUUAAGCCUUUGAGACAUUGUUAUUGAGAUGGCAAGUAUGAUGUGCUGUAUUAGAAUGUGUCCUUUAUAUUUUCAUACAUAGCUUCAUAUCCUAGCCGCCCCAGCCUGACCUUAUUAGUUAUUUGAGUUUGUGUCCAUGACCAAGGCUAUUGUGUCCAUUCAAGUCAAGUGGUGAACUUUUUCACCAUGAGUAUCAGUGAUGGUGGGUCCGCUAGCUAAACAACAAGCCACUAAAGUUUGUGUGAUGUUUUCAUAGAAAACCUCAAUGUCUUGUCAGAUGCGGUCACUUUAGAAUGAUGCCAUCUGUCGGAAGAAGAUGGGUUACACCUAGUUUAUGACGGUCUGACCAUAGAGAUAUAUAAUACACUAGUGGCUGAUGUCAUAGGCCUGCAUAGCUUUAGAAUGUGCUGACAAUGGCAGCCAUCUUGUUCUGUUUAAUUAUUUGGUUCUGACUUUGUGCGUCUCCACAGAGCUGUUCUACACGGAGCGAGCCCACCUGAGGAUGUUGAAGGUGCUGGAUAACGUGUUCUACCAGAAACUAACCCGAGACGGCAUCCUGCCUCCUGGAGACAUUAAACACAUCUUCACUAACCUAGAGGAGAUUGUCCAGCUACAUGGUAUGCUGUGUGUGUGUCAGUGUCGGUGUCUGUGUGCAAUGCUAGCUAUACUUACCAUCGGGCCUCCUCUUCAGAGCUAGAGUUAAACUCCUCUCUCAGGGCUAAUCCUAACUUCCACUUCACUCGGAUUUUCACUUCCUAAAUAUUGAAAUGGACCAAUUCCCAAACAAAUGUCUUAUUUUCCCUGACUUUUUAUGUUUUGCAGAUCCAAUCCUUGCUAUCUCAUUUUAUGUAAUCACUUAGCUAUUUUCUCUUCCUCCCUACAGUGUCGAUAACAGAACAGGUGACAGUCAUUCGGAAGAAGAACGAGACGUCAGUGAUAGACCUGAUAGGAGACGAUCUACUAGCUUGGGUAAGAAAAGACUCAACCUGCGUCCUAAAUGGCACCCUAUUCCUUUUAUAGUGCAUUACUUUUGACCAGAGCCCUAUGGGCCAUUUGGGACAAACCUUCCGUCACUGCAGGAGAGAAGAGGGGGGAGUAUUACUGUACAUCCAAAAUUCAUUGGGAUAGCAUUGUUGCGCGUGUGCGCGUGUGACAUUUUCUGUGUCCGUGUGUGUGUUUGUGUGUCCAUGCCCGUGCGUGUGUUUGUCUCUGUGUCCCUCCAUGCGUGCGGGUGUGUCCAUGUCCCCCCAUGCGUAUGUGUGUGCGCACAUGUUACCAUGUCCCUCUGUGUGUGCAUGUGUAGUUCAGUGAUGGCGAGGAGGAGAAGAUCAAGCGGGCGGUGGGCACGUUCUGCAGUAACCAGCCCUUCGCUCUGGAACUCAUCAAGACCCGGCAGAAGAAAGACCAGCGCUUCACCUCCUUUAUGCAGGUACGACACAAUAUACUAUAUUUGUGAAGGUUCUGAAGGACUAAACGUUCUACUCAAUGCAUUUAUAAUUGCCGCUAAUGAAGAUUUUGUCUAAAGUGCAUGAUAGUGGCUUGGACACACAAUUAGAUUUCAAAAGGAAGCUAAACAUUUGUAGAAAAAAACUGACUUUUGUCAUCAUUGUGAUGUCAUCAGAUUGACUUUAGAUGUAGUAUAACGUUAGCUAGAUAGGUAAGAUUGAAGGAAAAGCACUGGAUUUUAGCUAGCUAACUUUUCUUUUGCGAAUGACAAUAUUGUCUAAAUAAAAUUUGACGACAUCAUAAUAUUAUUUUUGGUUUCCUACUAACUAUUCGCCUACUUUAGCAAUGUCAUCGUAUUUCCAAGCCACUAUAGUGUAAUUUAGACUAAAUGAUCAUUAGCCCCCAUGGAUGAGAUGUCUUUAGAAUGUUCAGGAGUCACUGUGAGUGAGACUCCUUUCUAGAGUCACUGUGGGUGAGACUCCUUUCUGGAGUCACUGUGGGUGAGACUCCUUUCUGGAGUCACUGUGGGUGAGACUCCUUUCUGGAGUCACUGUGGGUGAGACUCCUUUCUGGAGUCACUGUGGGUGAGACUCCUUUCUGGAGUCACUGUGGGUGAGACUCCUUUCUGGAGUCACUGUGGGUGAGACUCCUUUCUGGAGUCACUAUGGAUGAGACUCCUUUCUGGAGUCACUAUGGAUGAGACGUCUUAAGAAUAUUUAUAACAAUGGCAUGACGUGACCAACUGACUUGAGGUGCAAUCAUGAAUACCAAACUAUGCUAUACUAUGCUUUUCUAAACUAUGUAUGUUAUACUAUUAUGCUAUUUUACUAUAUACUAUUAAAUACUAUACUAUACAGUAUUAUACUAUACUGCACUACACUACACUAUAUACUAUACUUUGCAAUUCAAUACUAUACAAUAUAGUACAAUACGAUGAUAAUCACUCCCUCAAGCGCGUCUUAGAGGGCAUCAUCGUAACCAUACAAGCUCAGUUAUAGAUGGGGAGAUUCAAGACAUGGAUGAACUGGGGUGAUCUGGCGUGAGUGACUGUAGUAUUGACUCGGGUGUGUCUCUCGUCCUAUAGGAGGCUGAGAGCAACCGUCUGUGUCGCAGACUGCAGCUGAAGGAUAUCAUUCCAGUGGAGAUGCAGAGGCUGACCAAGUAUCCACUACUGCUGGAGAGCAUUGCCAAGUACACAGGUACAGUAGACAGACACCACUAUAAAACACAAUGUCUGUCCACACAAUUUAUAAAGGUUGAGACUUGGGCCUGAAAAGAAUUUGGAAUACAUUUAAUCUCUCUUCUUCUGAGUCCACCUGUUGGAAGAUAAGUAUUGCAUUUCUUUAUAGUUGAUUGAAGAGGGGUGUAUAUCCAAGCCCUAUGAUCUUCUAAUAUUUAAUACAAUUACUGAACUGAGGGGGGAAAAAGGCAGUUCUGCAGAUUUAGCUACUGAAACUUUUAUAACCAGAGAUUGUAAAAUCUGAAGAAGAAAUAAUCCUGAAGAUUAGGCUAUAAAUGAAGCCGUCAUUAUCAUCCCUUCACAUUCUUGGUCAUGUGUUUUUUGUAGUGCACUUAUUUGGCCCAUUCCAUAAGACUGUAUUGCACUUAUUUGCAGGCCCAGCUCCAGGAUGACAUGCUUGAGGGGGCAUUUUAAAUCCAUGGGAGGGCACAACUAGUAUUGCUUUAGCGCCUUAAUAACACAAAGUAGAUUAGUCCUACUACUGUUCAAAUGUACAAAAAUGUAUCUGAAAUGAAGCUGUGCACAUCAACAGCCGUCGCUUUAUAUAAUAACAAAAGAAAGAGACAGUAUGCACCCCACUACAACAUGUGUAUCCGAAAUGCAACCAUAGAUGCAGUAGGCCUACACAUAAUUUGCGCCUACCAACACGCACAGAUCAGCUCGACAGGAUGAGCACCACUAGCUUAUCAAAUAUUCUUACAGGUUUCAUAGCUUAAACUUCAAUAAUUAGAACUAUAGGCUAAAUUUCUGUCGAAUUUGUGACACUACGCAAUGGGCGUAACCAAGCCGCUACUUCUCCAGGUGUGCAAUAUUUUCUGUGUGGGAGAGUUUCAGAAAAGCAAACUAAAUCAAACUAAGUGCAUAUUCUAUAGUAAUAGCUGAUGUGAAAUGUCCUACCUGGCAGUAGCUAAUUUGAAUCUGCCGCGAAUAAGAGUACAUGCCCAUUCCGAUAGCAACACACACACACUAUAGCAAGAGAGCAGAGAUGGUGCGAAAAAGUAGGCUUUGUGUCAUUUUGAUAGUAUUGACAUCACUUUUACCUUAGCCUAUCACACAAUGACUGUGUAAUGCAAAUGUAUGAUAAGAGUGAAAGUGUGCCUACUUCUUUUAGUAGGCUACACAUGGUAUUGGUCCUACAUACAAAAUGUAAAAAAAAGAUGUAGACCUAUCUGGAUUCGGAAAGUAUUCAUACCCUUUCCCCUUUUCCACAUUUUGUUACGUUACAGCCUUAUUCUAAACAUGUAUUUUUUUAACAUCCUCAUCAAUCUAUACACACUUCCCAAUAAUGACAAAGCGAAAAAAGGUUGUUUAGAAAUAUAAAAAACAGAAAUACCUUAUUUACAUAGGUAUUCAGACCCUUUGUUAUGAGACUCGAAAUUGAGCUCCGGAGCAUCCUGUUUCCAUUGAUCAUCCUUGAGAUGUUUCUACAACUUGAUUGGAGUCCACCUGUGGUAAAUUCAAUUGAUUGGACAUGAUUUGGAAAGGCACACACCUGUCUAUAUAAGGUCCCACAGUUAACACUGCAAAUCAGAGCAAAGACCAAGCCAUGACUUUGAAGGAAUUGUCCGUAGAGCUCCGAGACAGGAUUGUGUUGAGGCACAGAUCUGGGGAAAGGUACACAUUUUAUUUUCAGCAUUGAAGGUCCCCAAGAACACAGUUGCCUCCAUCAUUCUUAAAUGGAAGAAGUUUGGAACCACCAAGACUCUUCCUAGAGCUGGCCGCCCGCCAAACUGAGCAAUCGGGGGAGAAGUGCCUUGGUCAGGGAGGUGACCAAGAACCCAAUAGUCACUCUGACAGAGCUCCAGAGUUCCUCUGUGGAGAUGGGAGAACCUUCCAGAAGGCAACCAGCUCUGCAGCACUCCACCAAUCAGGUCUUAAUGGUAGAGUGGCCAGACGGAAGCCACUCCUCAGUAAAAGGCACAUGACAGCCCGCUUGGAGUUUGCCAGAAGGCAUAUCAAGGACUCUCAGAACAUGAGAAACAAGAUUCUCUGGCCUGAUGAAACCAAAAUUGAACUCUUUGGCCUGAAUGCCAAGCGUCACAUCUGGAAGAAACCUGGCACCAUCCCCACGGGGGGCCAGUAUGAAAAAUGUAUGCACUCACUAAUUGUAAGUCGCUCUGGAUAAGAGCGUCUGCUAAAUGUCAAUUGGAUUGGACAACAUCAUGCUGUGGGGAUGUUUUUCAGCAGCAGGGACUGAGAGACUAGUCAGGAUUGAAGGAAAGAUGAACGGAGCAAGGUACAAAGAGAUGCUUGAGGAAAACCUGCUCCAGAGUGCUCAGGACCUCAGACUGGGGUGAAGGUUCACCUUCCAACGACCCUACGCACACAGCCAAGACAACACAGAAGUGGCUUCGGGACAAGUCUCUGAAUGUCCUUGAUUGGCCCAGCCAGAGCCCAGACUUGAACCUGAUCGAACAUCUCUGGCGAGACCUGAAAAUAACUGUGCAGGAAUGUUCCCCAUUCAACCUGACAGAGCUUGAGAGGAUCUGCCGAGAAGGAUGGGAGAAACUCCCCAAAUACAGGUGUGCCAAGCUUGUAGCAUCAUACCCAAGAAGCCUCGAGGUUGUAAUCAUUGCCAAAGGUGCUUCAACAAAGUACUGAGUAUAUGGUCUAAAUACUUAGAAUAAGGCUGUAACAUAAUAAAAUGUGGAAAAAGUCAAGGGCUCUUUUUACACACAAGAAAGCAAGCAAUGUUGAAGAAAAGCACGAUAAAGGAUAACGUUAGAUGCACUGCCAAUUUCAGUGUCACCUCAGAGCACAACCAGUACACUACAUAGGUUAUUGUCCCUAUACCCGUCAAAUAACACAAAGCUGUAUAUCUAUCAAUAGCAAUUAGACCCACAAAAGCAAGCAAUGACAUUAAGAAUCAAAGAUAAAUCUAAAAGAUGCAUUGAAGUAAAUAGCAAACUUCUAAAACUAUGCGUUACAUUAAAAAAUCUGCCAAACAACCAGUAGGCUUACAUGAGGGAAAACCAAAUAAUUAAUCAUUCUGGCACGGCGGCCAGGCCCAUAAAGGUUGUAGCUUACCAUUUAGACGAGUUGCAGCCUCCUCCAUGCUGUGUUGAAUCUCAUGAGACGUUUCUGAUUCCAUUCUCAUUCCUGGCUAAAUUUACUUGUCUGGCCCCCUAUCAAAUGCCAGCUGGACAAGCUGGGCUUUUCGUUAAUGUAACAUGCUGCGUCUGUGUUCACUGAAUACAUUCUUCAGAGUGGAGAAGGAAUUUUCGCACAUUGUUGUAGAUGUCCCAAAUGUUAAUCAAAAUCCAUGUUCCAGUGACAACAGCUGACAAAGGCCCGCCGUAACUUUGAAGAACACUGAGUGGAGUCCAUUUGUUGUUGCUGGCUGUGGUUCCGAUUUCACUUUGCAAGAAUCAAUAAACUCUGCUUCCACUGGUUCAGUUUUGGUUAGAUCCAACAGGUCGUCAGAUGCUAGUGGCUGGAGUAAUGGAGGUGCAGAUGCUUGUUGUGAUGUUACCCUCAUGCUGCUGAUGCUAGGCCCAGGCUCUUCUCAAUCUUGUUGGUCAGCAGGCAGCGUGGGGGAUGGGUGGGUAUUACAUUUGCUGCUAGUCUCCUCAACCUCGGUGGAUGGCGCAGAAGGCUGCUCGGUGAGCACGGCAUCGCACUCCACAUGGUGGUCCUCUGUUUUUUUGCUCUUGGCAGUGCCUAGCCAUUUUCGGAUAUCCAUACUGAUUAGCCAGCUUUAAUUAUUCAGCUUGCCGCUACCAAAACUUAACAAAGCUAGUAGCUACUAGCUAGCCUAUUAUUAGCUGUAGCUGUCUGGAAAAGUGAACAAAUUUUUUCCCUCUCUGUGACAAAAUUACUGUCAAUUUAACCCCGCCCUGGUACCUUAUGACAUUGCAUGGCGAGGUGCCCAAUCAGAAUGCAUUUUUGGAUUUGAACUACUAAAUAUUACAUUAUUACAUCCCCCCUCCCUCCCCCCUCCUCAGAUCAUGAGCGCACACCCAGCAUAGACUCUGUCCCGGUCUGCACUACUGGCAGGCCCGACAACGCUACAUUGCCAAAACCGGGCAUUGUAAUUCAUAUACCAUUUGUUAUGUUUAUGGGGAGGGGUCCAUGCCUAGCUUUGCCACCCCGUAGAGCAGACUCUGCUUAUUUGGUCCACUCCUUAAGGCUGUAGUGCACUUAUUUGAUACACACCAGAAGAUUGUAGUGCACUUAUUUGGUCCAAUCCAUAAGACUGAUUUCAUCCAUUUGUGUGUUUUUUCCUGACAGAGGAUGCAGAGGAGAGGGACAAGGUGAAGAGGGCCGGAGAGUGCUGCAGGACGAUUCUCAACUAUGUCAACCAGACAGUGAAAGAGGCAGAGAACAAACAGGUAACUGAAUAUGGAGAGGAGAAUCACUGGGACUAGACACAUGGUCAACAUUGGUGAACACAUGCGCACAGCUGAGCUAAACCAACAGUUGUCCUGGUGGAGUCAUGUUGAUGGUGUAUAUUAAAUGAAUCGGUUGAAAACUGUUUGAGACUUGCAAGCAAUAUUAAGCGAAGCCAGUCAAGACGGGAAACUCAAGUGUUUGCAUAAAGGGAUUCAAACAACACUUCCUACCUUAAUAUGGCGGUCUAUUUAAGUUGACCAGUUCUGCACACACAUCCUAGCUAUGCGAUUGGCUUGUCUUUGCUGCUUAAUAUUGCUGCUGCUGUAACUAUUGCUGCCACCUGCUAUGCAUUGUCUGUUUUCUGCUAGUCCACCACCACUCCAGCCUCAAACUGUUUGGUUCUGCUUUUGUUCCCAUCAGCGGGAUUGGAAUAUAUCUCACUCAUUGCCUGUAUUAAAUGUUAAUAAUUUAUGCAUUGCUCUGGCAGUGAGAUCACCUGAAGGAGCAGAGCCUAACACCAAGACCAAAUGGGUUCUCUUCUAUUUUAUAAUAAAUGGUUAAAUGAAUACAUGAGUUUCCUGUCUGAACCGUAUUCAUGCAAAAUGUAGUAAACGAUGCAACUCUUAUGCCUUCCACCUUUCUACCACAAUAUAUCAGCUAAGGGACUGAAUAGGUCCUGUCUAGCCACUGCUGAUGAGUCUGUGUGCUCGUCUCCCUACAGAGGUUAGAGGACUACCAGAGACGCCUGGACCUGUCCUCACUCAAACAGAGUGAGAACCCAAUGAUCUCAGAGUUCAAGGUGAGACUCAACUCCUAUAUUCCUCCACUUGUCUCACCAUUUAUUUACAUGUAUGUACCUUUAUUUGACCAGGGAAGUUGAUUUAGGACAUAUUCUCAUUGACAACAACCCCAGUUGGCAUAAAGCUUUAGAAAGGUGCCUGUUCUGACGUGUGCGUCUGUCUGUGUGUGUUUGUAUGUGAUUGUCAGUGUCGCCAGCUGCAUACCACCCUAGAUCCCACUGCUGGCUUGCUUUUGAAGCUAAGCAGGGUUGGCCCUGGUCAGUCCCUGGAUGGGAGACCAGAUGGUGGUGUUGGUGGGCCAGUAGGAGGCACUCUUUCCUCUGGUCUAAAUCUUUUUUUUAUCCCAAUGGAGCCCCACAGUGGAGGUCAUAAUACCCAUAAAACGUAGCGGUCAAACAGGGAAAUGGUUCCAAUUGUUUUUUCCACAUAUUUCCCAUAGGGGAUUUUAGAAUCACUUAAAAUAAGGGCUGUGUUUCGUGUAGGCUUACCCUGGCGUGACGUUUUGAUAACCAUGUAAAUCUCUCUCGUACAAGGUGACUUUUAUCAGUAUAUUCAUCUCUAUUUACUCUCAGAUUUGAAAAUGCUAAUUAGCAUCAAAGUAAACAUCACGCAAGACUACAAAUCCCUGCAAGCUCCUGCACAUCAUCUCUAGCUGACAAUUUAAAUACAUUUUGCCAAUUUAUUUAUUUCUACAUUUAGCUAACAUUAGAUAGUUCAUCCAGAGAUUCUUACCUUUGCCUCGAUUCGUCGGUCUCAUCCAGAUCAUCAAGGCAUUUGUAGUUUUUUAUGAUAGCCGCAUUGGCAGCCAAUUAGCGUUUCAUUUUUGGGGGGUAAAUACAGGCAAAUAUAUUAAUAAAAGUCACCUAGUCCUAUUUGCACGAUUAUGAAAACGUCACGCCAGAGUAAGCCUACACGGAACACAGCCCUUUUUUAAAGUGUUUCUAAAAAUCCCUAUGGGAAAAUUGAAUGGUGGAAAAACUAUAGGAAUCAUUUCCCUGUUUGACCGCUAGGUUUUAUGGGCAUUAUGACUCAUACUGUGGUACUCUAUGCCCCAGGGCAGUGAUUGGGGACAUUGCCCUGUGUAAGGUGCCGUCUUUGGGAUGGGAUGUUAAACGGGUGUUCUGACUUUCUGUGGUCACUAAAGGUCCCAUGGCACUUAUCGUAAGAGUAGGGGUGUUAACCCCGGUGUCCUGGCUAAAUUCCCAAUCUGGCCGUCAUACCAUCAUGGCCACCUAAUCAUCCCCAGCUUCCAAUUGGCUCAUUCAUCCCCCCUCCUCUCCCCUGUAACUAUUCCCCAGGUCGUUGCUGUAAAUGAGAAUGUGUUCUCAGUCACCUGGUAAAAUAAGGGUUAAAUAAAAUAAAAUAAAAUAAAAUAAAAUGUGCGUGUGUCUUUAGAGCCUGGACCUGACCAAGAGGAAGAUGGUGCACGAGGGACCUCUCUCCUGGAAGGUCAACAAAGACAAGACAAUCGGUAGGUGCCCACAAUUCAACAUAAUGUGUUUUAGCUGUGUAGAAAUGUGGAUAAUGUAGUCAAUUUAUUUGUUAACCUUUAGGACAAUGGCUAAUUCCAUUUUCAGCUUAGCCAUUUCGUACACUAGAGUUGUCCUCAUCAAAUGCUGAAAAACUAAGUAGGCUACAACACACAGUAGAAAGCAGAAGGGUAUACAUGCUAGUUUUAGCCCACAUAAGCACUAGCUUGUCCUCUUUAGUGUGUGUUGUAAACCAUCUGCUCUCUAUACCAAACGCCAGGACUGAGAGAUACAAAACGUUCCCAUACCUUACUCCCAAUUAAUCAACAAAAUUUGCAUCAUAUUGUCAUGAAUUUCACUUGUGUUUAUCCAUGUCUGUGACUUCCAUUUGGGUAUCAAUAAAAACUUUAAAGCCCAGUGCAGUCAAAAACGUGAUUUUCCUGUGUUUUAUAUACAUUUCCACCUAUGAGGUUGGAAUAAUACUGUGAAAUUGUGAAAAUGAUGACAAUGGCCUUUUAGUGUAAGAGCUGUUUUGAAAAGACCGCCUGAAAUUUCAGCCUGUUUUGGAGGGAUGGAGUUUUGGCCUGCCUGGUGACAUCACCAGGCGGUAAAUUAGUUAAGAGACCAAUAGGAAAGAGAGUUCCAAACCUCACUGCCAAUAACAGCUAAUUUUCACUUUCCCACUCAGACCAUUCCCAGACAGUCCUAGCAAAAUUCUUGCUUGAGAAAUUGUUUUUUGCUAAGAAGCUAUAUAUAAAAAAAAAAAAUGUAUUACUAUUUUUAUUGAAAACAAUCACAUUAAGGUACUUCAUUGUUACCCAUAAAUUAUUUGAUAUUGAGAUAAAAACGGCUUCAUUGGACCUUUAACUAUUGAACUUCCUCCUACGCCCUCAGAGCUGUACACACUGCUCCUAGAGGACAUCCUGGUGCUGCUGCAGAAGCAGGACGAGCGGUUGGUUCUAAAGUGCCACAGCAAGAACCUGGCGGGCUCCGCCGACACCAAGCACAUCUUUAGCCCCAUUAUCAAGCUCAACACUGUGCUGGUGCGCUCGGUGGCCACCGGUGAGUCCAUUCAAUUCAGUUUAGUUCAAUUCAAACUUUAUUGUCCCCACAGGGAAAUCCAUUCUGCAGGAGUACAUAAGACACGAUACAUACAGUAUACACAAAGAUACAAAGACACACAUGCAAGCACUAACAAGCCACGCCCACUUUUUUAAAUAAACAGUUUUGUUUCAGUGGUGUGAAAUGUUUUUUAAAAUUCAGAUAGAAAUAGUUUGUGUAGAGCAGAUGUAAUUCUCUGUUAUGCCGAAUGGGGAUUUGUGUCAGCUUUAUAUGUUCCAUUUCUAUCUGUCACAUUCUGAAUAUUUCAGUGUCCCACUGAAAAGGCUCUUGGAAUCAAUGUCCAAUAACAUUUCUUCAAGCAACAUAUCUGUGGUAGCCUGGUCCCAGAUCUGUUUGUGCAGUCUUGCCAACCGUCAUGUUUGGCAUGACAAUGACAUUGGACUAAGUUUGUUGGAACCCGCUUGAUCUUGCGAUAGCUCACAUUCUGUUUUACUGAAGUGACCAGGCUACAUUGGAGUUGGCUAUACAGCACAAAGAGAUCUGGGACCAGGCUAUAUCUUGUGGGAUUUGGAGAGGAAAGACAACAUAGUAAAGACAACAUAGCAGACUGUCAUAAUAUAUGUUCUAAUGAUAUGCUGUCUCUUCCCCUGACAGACAACAAGUCCUUCUUCGUGCUGUCUAUGUCCGACAACGGAGCCCAGAUCUACGAGCUAAUGGCCCAGACCGUGUCCGAGCAAAGAACGUAAGUCUGUCUGUUUUCAUCCCAAAGUCACUUAAUCCAAGCUUCCCAUUCAGUUGUCACCUGGCUAACACUUUAUCAAAGUUCCCAGGUUUUCUAGAAAUUCCAGUUAACGGAUUCCAGGGGGGAAUAAGCAGGGACAGGAUCCUCCAACUAAUAUUUCUGAAAAAGCUGAAUUUGCUUGGUUUUAGUUGUAUUUUAAGUUGAAUCCCUCCAGGCAAAGUUGCUCUCAUAGAGAUAGAUGGCACUUGCCAGAAAGACGUGAUGGGCUCUCUUUCUAUCUCUUUGGUUGCUAAGUUUCUCAUUAGCUCCUCCCAUCCACUAGGUGGCAGUGUCUGAUAACGCAGAGGGCAGACACCAUGAAGACGAAACCGCACAACAUAAUACCUUUACCUCAGACCGAGUAAGUUCACUGGCCUUUUUGUGCUUUUUAUAUAUAUUAUAUUUUAAAUAUUUAACUUGUUAUAUAUUCUGCUGUCUAAUGAAAAAAGGCUCCCAUUUUACAUCGCCCUAGUUUAUAAUUUACGUGUGUGUGUGCGUUUGUGUGUGCGUGCGUGCAUUUUUCAUGUGUGUUGAAGUGCUGAGCGAGACACAGUGGAGGUUAUCAGCACGGGGAUGCCCAAACUGAGCAAAGACCCAGACCGCCUCUCCACGGAAAGUAUCCAGUUCGCAGGUAUCAAUUACAAGAUAUUUAAUCUAGUUUUUCAACCCUAUGAAAAGUUAUGUGAGUUUGACUAUUCUUCAUGCAGCUUUAAAACAACUUCAUUACCCAUGUUUCUGUAUCCCCUAGAAAAAUGUGUAACUUCCUCGCCUGGUCUGCAACCCACGCCCACAUUGAUCAACCCAUUUGACAGCGUCAAAUCAGACGACAAGGAAGAAGUGUCGCCGCCGCUGUUAGACAGAAGAGAAGAAGAGGAGGAGGAGGAGGAAGUGGAGGAGUUAGACGAGGAGGAAGUUGAAGUGUUUAUGGAUGGCGAGCUGGCAGACAGACUGCCCUUCCAAGGCAUUGCCAUCGACGACCAGGAGCCCCAUGACGCCUUUGGCAUGCCCCCCUCCAGAGCCGAGGAGGCCCUAAGAACCUGUGAGUUUACUACCUUGUCCUUAGUUAGACCAAUAUGACACAUACAGUGAUAGAAUAACACACUAUCAUAAUGUUUUGCUACGGAAACAGAAAAUGAGUGUUGCUUAUUGGCUAGUGCUGAGCGAUUUGUGCUUUUUGAGGAUGGAUCGGUUUCAUUUCGAUUAUGAAAAAAUUAUCACAGUUUUCGAUUUCGGUUUCGAUUACUUUGGAUUGAAUGCUGUAACAACACAGAACAAAACAAUUAAUAAAAGUCACAUGAUGGUAGUGACUGCCCAUUACUGCUUAUUAACCAUAAUUUAUUCACAUUACUUUACUUUAUUAAAAUAUUUCAGUUGUUGUGUAUAUUACAUUUGUUUUAUUUUAUAACUUUAUUAUUUUAUUCCAAGUCAUCAUCACAUCUCUAUAGAGCUGCUGCAUAUGCUGACUGAAAAAAAUCACUAUUUUGUAGUUCUUCAAGGUAAAUAGCCCUCCUGUAGCUCAGUUGGUAGAGCAUGGCGCUUGCAAUGCCAGGGUUGUGGGUUCGAUUCCCACGGGGGGCAAGUAUGAAAAAUGUAUGCACUCACUAAUUGUAAGUCGCUCUGGAUAAGAGCGUCUGCUAAAUAACUAAACAUUUUUAAAAAAUUCUAUGACUGCUGAAUACCAACUCUCAAUCACUUAGAUCAUGUAUUUUCAGGUAGAGAUACCUCGCGAAGGAACAGCUGCUGUCUAUAUCCCCAUACGAUCAAGCAUUGUUCUGCCUCUUCUGUAGCAGGCAUAAAAUAAUCACAGACCCGGGCAAGUAGAGGCCCAAUGGAUUAUGGUCAUUGUAGUUAAUUACAACAUUUUAUGCGCUAAACUACGUAGAAUAUUGGCCUGUUGAAAACUACAACUGUAAAUCUUGGUGGGGCAAACUCAACCAUUUUUUUUAGAUGCAUACCAGCAACGCCACUACACAACACACUAAACUAUACAUCAAUUGCACUAUAACGGUGACAAACGGAGCCCACAAACUGUUACGGCUUACAUAAAGCAAUUCAGAUAGAUGUUAGUUCAGAUAAAUUCAGCAAGAUGUUGACUUUACUCUUCUUUAAGUCACCACACAGAGAGAGAGAGAGAGAGAGAUACGCGCCGUUCGCUUACUAUUUGAAGUAUUUUAUUAGGCCUAUGUUGUCUAAAAAGGAAGGAAAAUACAAUCACGAGGAUCCACUUUAAUAGACAAUAUACCGAAGCACAGACAGCGCAUUGUGCAAACAAAACAACCCUCGCAAUAUUAACUGGAAUUACUGAACUUUUUGUUGAAAACAAAUAUUUGAAUGGGAAGAGACUGUCACUGGCAAACAUGGCUACAUUCCCAACAACAUUAUAUAGUAUCCCCUCCUCGUGAAGAAAAGCACAUGAGCUAAUUUAUGCAGAAGCAUACAAGACAGUCGUUCUUGUGGGCAAAUUUUGUCAUCAAAGGUGCUUUCAAGACAACUGGGAACUCUGAAAAAAACAAUGUCAAAUCAUGACGUUUAGUGAUCUUCAGCUUGGAGCUCUAGAAAGAGGCCUGAGUUCCUGGCUUGGAAUUCCGAGUUGGAUGACCGGAGCUCGUUUUUUUCAGAGUUCCCAGUUGUCUUGAACUCACUGAAGUCUGAGAUUUCCCAGUUCCGAGUUUCCAGUUCUUUUGAACGUGGCAGAAGUCAUGCUGGAUUGACAGCAUGGCCAAUGUAUUCAACCUUUUCUCGUCCAUGGUGUUGCAUGUGAAUGUUUAUCCUUUUAAGCUUGGAAAUUAGACCCUUAAACCCAGACUUGGACCACACACCCACUCCACUAAAUAGCAGGCUAGUGAUUGCUUUGCAACGCUUGCAGUUAGCCACUGAUUCCUUCCAAACCACUCCUUGUUGAAUUUGCCAUUUCCGACUUGUUGUGUAAUGUUUAUGUCCAAUGGCCGAUGAGCACCAAUACCUUUUUGCCAGUAGAUUGUCAACGUGAUUCAUGAUGAUGACUGCUUGUCUAGCUUGCUAGCUAAGAUUUUAAAAGUAACAUGAUCAGUCCAAUCAAAGCUACGGAAGAUAUAACGUGAUUUGACGUCAUUUUAUUUGUGGCCAAUGACCUUGAGCCUUCUUGGAUGGGCACUUCUAAUGUAAAUCUAUGGCAGCACCCAAGGGGGCUAGAACUGCCUAGCUCUCCCUGUAGAUUCUGCGGUGACGUAGUGUCCCCAUGAGUGACAGAAUACUGAGCCAAUCACGGCGCAACUAGAGAAUAUUAUCAAUGCCUACGCUCUGUAUAUUCCGCUGGCUGCCCCUCCACCACAGAAAGCACUGAGCUAGGCUGAAACACCUGCAUUUUGGAGCUGCCUUACUCAAGAAAUAAACUAUGUUCGUAUGCAGCUUUAUUAACUCAAUAUUAAUCGCUCAGCACUAUUAUUGGCCUAAUGAACAUGACCAUGUAGCAGUUUUAACACACCACAGUUAUGGAAUACCUUACAAAACGAAUUACACCUGGAUUACCUGUUGUAUUGAUGGAUUUCUUUUGUCCUCAGGGCACCAUUGUAAAUGAGACACUGGUCUCAAUUGUGUUCCCCUGAAUUAAUAAAAGUUUAUACAAAUAUAUAAAAAAGUAACCUCUCUCUCUCUCUCUCCUUCUCCCAGUGGCAGCCCUGAGGCAGGUCCUUCUCAACCACAUGACGAGCAGAGAGGAGGGCAGCGACAAGGACAAAGAGAAUAGGAAGGAGAAGGAGCAGAGGAAGUGCCGGGCCCGUGGGGCACGCCUGCUGAGGACCACGUCACUGAGGGACCCAGAGGACAACAACACCAGUACAUCGGGCCCUAGGAGUGCAGCAGCAUCCUCUCCUGGCUCCUCUGAGAACAGCACAUCGGAGAGGACCGAGGCGGGGAGGGAGGAGGGGGCCCCAGGGUCCUCGGAAAUCCCGUCUGGGGACACAGGCUUCUUCGAGACAUCUGAGGACUACGGUGAGCCAACUGGGACAUUCAGGGAGCUGGACAAGUCAUGGGAGGGCAGAAAACCUAGUGGCGAAUCCCCUUCUCCUUAAGUCAAAUUUUCACUUAGUCAUUGAUGUCAAUAGGAGACCAAGUCCGAAUUCGACUUAAGCGGAAGUUAGGAUUCACCCUGUAAUGUGUAUUGUUCAAAUAUCCUCAUAGCUGAAAAAGUUGUGUUUAUAGCCGUUUUAUUGCUUUUAUAGCAAGUUGUUUUUAUAGCUGAUGUUUUAUGAUAUCAUUAUGCAUGUGUGAGGUUCCUCCUUUUUAAUUGUGAAAGUUAAAGUUUUCAGGUGGGCAUAAUUUACACUUUUCAGAGAUUAUCUGCUUUAUGGCUCUAAACCGGCAUUUCCCAAACUAGGGGGGGCGACCCCAUGUGGGGUCACCUGGUUUGAAAAUGGGGUCGCGAGAGAAACUCUCUCUCUCAAAAAAAAAAGAUUGCGCUUGGUUCAUAGAACCAGGGUUACGUCAGUAAAUGCGGUUGUAAUAAACAGAGCGGUUUCUGUUUUCUUCCUGCAAAUGUGACUCUAUCUUUUGAACGGUUUAAGCUACAAAAUAGUAUGACCACAUCACUGAAAGAUAAGACUAAGGAAAAAGUAUGUGUCUUCUGUUUCCCUCUACAAUGUCCACAAGCCGUGCAGGACUCAUUAGAACAGAGUGGACAAGACCAGGCACUAAAUCAAAAUCUCUCUCCCUCUCCCUUUUCAGGCAGUUACAUUGUCCUGGGGGGCUUGGGGGAGAGCAGCACAGACGACGACGGUCAGGCGAGUGGCGAGGGUGGGGGCGGGGCCCAGUGGGGCUCGGACUCGGGCAUCGACCUGAAGAAGCUGCUCUCCUCAUCCUCGCAGACAGGGGAUGCCGGCCCCAACCUCAGGCGCCAGGUCAUGACCCACCUCCGCCUGCUGCAGGCCAACCUGCAGCACCUGAAGGUACACCAUCAACCCCCCUUUGAGUACCAUGCAGAAGUUGCCCCCCUAGAUCAGACCUGGGUUCAAAUACUAUUUUAAAUAAUUAAAAAUACUUUCUGUGCUUUAUUGUGUUCGCCCAUUUAGCACUUCAGGCAGGCUAGAGUAAACACUUAAAGUAUUUGACAGAUUUCAAAUAGUAUUUGAAGCCAGGACUGAUCUAAGGUCAGUUUUGUGUUUUUAGCUGAUCAUUGAUGGAUGCCUCAGGGCAGCUUCGGCACAGAAUCAAAUAAAAUAAAAUGUUAUUUGUCACAUGCUUUGUAAACAACAGGUGUGGACUAACAGUGAAAUGCUUACUUACGGGCCCUUCCCAACAAUGCAGAGAAAGAAAAUGGAGUAAAACACGUAAUAAUAAAAGUAAUAAUAGAUACACAAUGAGUAAUGAUAACUUGGGUAUAUACAAGGGGUGCCAGUACCGAGUCGAUGUGCAGGGGUACGAGGUAAUUGAGGUAGAUAUGUACAAAUAACUAGGAAUAAAGUGACAGAUAGAAAUCAGCAGCAGCGGCGUAUGUGAUGAGUCAAAAUAGUUCGUGCAAAAAGGGUCGGGUAGCUAUUUGGUUAACUAUUUAACCAACUAUUUAGCAGUCUUAUGGCUUCGGGGUAAAAGCUGUUCAGGGUCCUGUUGGUUCCAGACUUGGUGCAUCGGUACCGCUUGCCGUGCAGUAGCAGAGAGAACUGUCUAUGACUUGGGUGGUUGGAGUCUUUGACAAUUUUUAGGGCCUUCCUCUGACACCGCCUGGUAUAGAGGUCCUGGAUGGCAGGAAGCUUGGCCCCAGUGAUGUACUGGGCCCUACGCACUACCCUCUGUAGCGCCUUGCGGUCGGAUGCCAAGCGGUAAUGCAGCCAGUCAAGAUGCUCUCAAUGGUGCAGCUGUAGAAACUUUUUGAGGAUCUGAGGGCCGAUGCCCAAUCUUUUCAGCCUCCAGUGGGGUAAGAGGCUUUGUCGUGCCCUCUUUACGACUGUGUUGGUGUUUUUGGACCAUGAUAGAUCCUUAGUGAUGUGGACGCCAAGGAACUUGAAGCUCUCGACCAGCACCACUUCAGCCCCGUUGAUAUGAAUGGGGGCGUGCUUGGCCCUCUGUUUCCUUUAGUCCACAAUCAGCUUCUUUGUAUUGCGGACGUUGAAGGAGAGGUUGUUGUCCUGGCACCACACUGCCAGGUCUCUGACCUCUUCCUUAUAGGCUGCCUCAACGUCGUCAGUGAUCAGACCUACCACCGUUGUGUCGUCUGCAAACUUAAUGAUGGUGUUGGAGUCGUGCGCGGCCACGCAGUCUUAUGUGAACAGGGAGUGCAGGAGGGGACUAAGCACACACCCCUGAGGGGCCCCCGUGUUGAGGGUCAGCGUGGCGGAUGUGUUGUUGCCUACACUCACCACCUGGGGGAGUCCCGUCAGGAAGUCCUGGAUCCAGUUGCAGAGGGAGGUGUUCACUCCCAGGGUCCUUAGCUUAGUAAUGAGUCAAUGAACAGCAUUCUCACGUAGGUGUUCCUUUUGUCCAAGGGCAGUGUGGAAUGCAAUAGAGAUUGUGUAAUCUGUGGAUCUGUUGGGGCGGAAUGCGAAUUGGAGUGGGUCCAGGGUGUCUGGGAUGAUGGUGUUGAUGUGAGCCAUGACCAGCCUUUCAAAGCAUUUCAUGGCUACAUAUGUGAGUGUUACGGGGUGAGUCAAUUAGACAGGUUAACUUGGUCUUCUUGGGCACAGGGACUAUGGUGGUCUGCUUGAAACAUGUAGGUAUUACAGACUGGAUCAGGGAGAGGUUGAAAAUGUCAGUGAAGACACUGGCCAGCUGGUCAGCGCAUGCUCUGAGUACGCGCCCUGGUAAUCCGUCUGGCCCUGCGGCCUUGUAAUGUUAACCUGUUUGAAGGUCUUACUCACAUCUGCUACGGAGAGCAUGAUCAAAAAGUCGUCCGGAACAGCUGGUGCUCUCACGCAUGGUUCAGUGUUGCAUACCUCAAAGUGAGCAUAGAAGGCAUUUAGCUCGUCUGGUAGACUCGUGUCACUGGGCAGCUCGCGGCUGGAUUUCCCUUUGUAAUCCGUGAUUUUGCUCAGUGCGGAUGUUGCCUGUAAUCCAUGGCUUCUGGUUGUGAUAUUUACGUAUGGUCACUGUAGGGACGAUGUCAUCGAUGCAUUUAUUAAUGAAGCCAGUGACUGAUGUGGUGAACUCCUCAAUGCCAUCGGAUGAGUCCCGUAACAUAUUCCAGUCUGUGCUAGUGAAACAGUCCUGUAGCUUAGCAUCCACUUCAUCGGACCCCUUCUGUAUUGAGCGCGUCACUGGUACUUCCUGUUGAGAUUUUGCUUGUGUAAGCAGGAAUCAGGAGGAUAGAGUUAUGGUCAGAUCUGCCAAAUGGAGAGUGAGGGAGAGCUUUGUAUGCGUCUCUGUGUGUGGAUUAAAGGUGAUCUAGAGUUUCUUUCUCCUCUAGUUGCACAGGUGACAUCAAUCAAUCAAUCAAAUGUUAUUUAUAAAGCCCUUUUUACAUCAGCAGAUGUCACAAAGUGCUAUACAGAAACCCAGCCUAAAACCCCAAACAGCAAGCAAUGCAGAUGUAGAAGCACGGUGGCUAGGAAAAACUCCCUAGAAAGGCAGAAACCUAGGAAGAAACCUAGAGAGGAACCAGGCUCUGAGGGGUGGUCCCCUUCUGGCUGUGCCGGGUGGAGAUUAUAACAGUACAUGGCCAUUAAGACAUGAUGGUAGAAAUUAGGUAAAACGGAUUUCAGUUUUCCUGCAUUAAAUCACUGGCUAUUUUCUUGUUUGCUUAUGGCCCUAUACAACUCGUUGAGUGCAGUCUUAGUGCCAGCAUCGGUUUGGUGGUAAAUAAACAGCUACGAAAAAUAUAGAUGAAAAUGUUCUUGGUAAUAGUAUGGUCUCCGGCUUAUCAUGAGGUAUUCUUAUUCGAACCUCAAGACAUCCUUAAUAUUAGAGAUUGCGCACCAGCUGUUGUUAACAAAGAGACACACACCGCCCCCCUUGAGCUUACCCGACGCUGCCGUUCUGUCCUGCCGAUGCAUAGAAAAAACAGCUAGUUGUAUAUUAUCCAUGUCCUUGUUCAGCUCUGUUUUCGAGAAACAUAGGAUAUUACAGUUCUUCAAGUCCCGUUGAUUGGAUAGUCUCGAAUGGAGCUCGUCCAGUUUGUUCUCCAGUGAUUGUACAGUCACCAAUAGAAAAGAGGGUAGAGGUGGUUUAUUUACUCUCCACUGUAGUUUCAUCAGGGUGCCCGCACGCCGGUCUCUAUAUUGCCGUCUCUUUCUCUUCCGAGUGUCCGGUAUUAGGGCCUAGUCAGGGUGAGCAGUAUGUCCGGCGCCGCCGACCUGUUGAAGUGGAAAUCUUCAUCCAAAUCGAGGUUAGCGAUCACUGUUCUGAUGUCCAGAAGCUAUUUUUGGUCAUAGGAAACAAUGGUGGAAUCAUUAUGUAAAAAAAUGUUAAGAUCAGCACAAAAAAACACACAAAAUAGCAGAAUUGGUCAGGAGCCCGUAAAGUGUCUACAACACAUUCCAGCGCCGUACCAGAACUGUAUGAGAAGCACUUUAAGUAAAGUCAUUCAAUUUCUAUAAUUUCAGUCUCUCAUGCGUUUGCCCAUACUAUUAUAUUUUUCUAUUCAUCCAUCCAUUCACCCAUCCAUCAACACACUAAUUUUAUCCCUCUCUCCUUAUGUCUGUUCAUCUGUUCUACCAGAGCUAAGUUUGUGUCAACAAUCUACUUUCAGGAAGUGGAAACCAAGUAUAAUGAACUGCGCCAAAGGCUGAGUGAAACAGCUACUGACACAGAGGAGAACAAAGGUACUGUGAAUUAUUGA